AUUACGUCAAUGAUCACAUUUCAAGCAGAGCUUGCCUGUUAACAGGCAUAGUCGUCGUGAAGGCUUGUCUGCUGUAGGAAAGAGAAUUUUCAACAUAGAGCUCACUCAUGAGUUUCAGAAGGAGGGAAAUAUAUCCUAAAAAACCCAAUAGUGCAACCUUAUGCAUGUUUAUUCAGAAGUCCGUCCUACUGUGUUCAAGGGAGCUUAUACGCAGGUAAGUGGGCUUAGGACUGCAGCCUGUGUUAGAAUGUGCAGAUAACGUACAUAUGCAUGAAUGGCUCCCCUUUUCUUGUGAUAGACACCCUAUUUUCUUGUAUCUGUCCCUGGUUAUGGCCCACAUUUUUUUGCUGGGUGCAGUUCAGCAGCAUCUGUAGGGCUAGAGGUUCCUACAGAGGACAGUGCCUACCUCUGUACCCCCACCCCAACUCCCCUUUUAAACUUAAACAGGGCAUCUAGCCACCCACAGUUUCAGCAGCUAGUGCAUCUUGCCAUUAAGUCUCCUCCCUCCUAAGAGGACUUAACUGUGUGUGUGAUGUGCAGGGAGCCUUGUGUAUUAGCUGCUCAGGCUGUAGGGGGCUGGAUGCCCUGUUUUAGAAGUUAUAAAAGUUUGGGGGUUCUUUUGGAGGGGAGGGAUGAACCCCCUCAUAAAUACUAUUUUUUAAAGUGCUUUGGGUGGAUUUUAAAGGAUUUCCCAUUAAAAUACACCUUGAAAUGUGAUGGGAAUAAUUUAGUUCUCUCCCCUCAGGGAACUGGAAUGGACCCCAACCCAAGAUAAAUAUUUAUAGGCCCCUGUUGCCAUGACACCUACAUCUGCUCCCAAUCCCCUCCUCUACACAACUUUCUCUUAAAGAAAGUUGUCCUGCCCUCUUAUUUUUUCACAUGGCUAGCCUAUAAACAAAAGAAUGCUGCCUUCUUACCGGAUGGGCAAUCUGAUGAAGCCCGGUGCAUUUUGUACUGACUUCCAGUGUCAGGGAAGUUGUGGUGGGAACAGGACCUCAAGGUUUAGUUCCUUCCCUCCCACUCCCCUUACUUUCCAAGAAAGCUCCUUAAGAAUGGAUUUGAUGAGACAGAAGGAUGGGUACCAUUUGGAAUAUUCAUGCUGCCGUGUUCCAUGCUGUCAUAGUAAUGAAGGUCAGGUGGCUCUGGGAACAGAGUUAGCGAGGAAACCCAGCUGAAGCAGCAUCUUCAAUGGUUCAACCUUUCCCCCUCCCCUACCCACCUGCCCAUUGAGAAAGAUUGUCUAAAAGAGAUGCUUUAAGAAGUAGCAAGUGGCUUAUGUUGGGGGUCAAUACCUAGUCAGCUAAAUGGGUGUAUGGAAUGGACUCGAGCCUCCCUUUGGCUACCCAGACUUGCACCAGAAGAGAACUUAGCCCAGGACCUGGAUUCUUGAACAUAAUUGUAGAAGAAGAUUGAUUCUUCUUUCUUUCUGACCUUGCACGGCUUCGGAAGAUAACCAUGACAUCAUUCAGGAACUUGCAGGUAAAGCGCUUUUAUGAGGAUGGAUGAGUCCCCACUGGAAGCCCUGCAAAUGGUUAAAACCCUUAAAGGUAAAGGUAAAGGGACCCCUGACCAUUAGGUCCAGUCAUGGACGACUCUGGGGUUGCAGCGCUCAUCUUGCUCUAUAGGCCGAUGGAGCCAGCGUUUGUCCACAGAUGGUUUUUCCGGGUCAUGUGGCCAGCAUGUCUAAGCCGCUUCUGGCAAACCAGAGCAGUGCAUGGAAACGCUGUUUACCUUCCCGGUGGAGCGGUACCUAUUUAUCUACUUGCACUUUGACGUGCUUUCAAACUGCUAGGUUGGCAGGAGCUGGGACUGAGUAACAGGAGCUCACCCCGUCAUGGGGAUUCGAACUGCCGACCUUCUGAUCAGCAAGCCCUAGGCUCUAUGGUUUAACCCACAGCGCCACCCGCGUCCCCGGUUAAAACCCUGAGGACUUGUAUCUGGCAUUUUCUGUUUCUUUUAGAACAGGCAGUUUGGGUGACCAUAAUUACUUAGAGCAUUGGUUAACAGUGCUAAGGCUAUAGCCUUCUUUUCAGACGUGAGAACUAUGUAAUUCAUGUGAGUCUUACUCCCAGGUAAGUGGGUAUAGGAUUGCAGCCUAAAUCAAUUAUGGUGUAAUUGUAGUGUUAACUUCACACCAUGAGUAGAUGGUGUUAAUGUUACCAUAGUAGAAGCACUUACUUAAUCACCUUACAGGAAACCAGGCUCCAAAGGUCUAUCAGAGCAAAAACAUUAAAAUAAAGGUUAAUGUCAAAUAAAGCCAAUACCUGGAUCUAGUGAUAUAACUGAAUUAGAGUUGCCAGCUUUUUCUUUUUUUAAUAGCCCUUGUCCUGUGCCUUUUACUGUUUUAGGGUGGUUUAAUCCUAGACAAGGGAAGCGGGUGGUGCUGUGGCAUAAACCACAGAGCCUAGGACUUGCCGAUCAGAAGGUUGGCGGUUCGAAUCCCCGCAACGGGGUGAGCUCCCGUUGUUCGGUCCCUGCUCCUGCCAACCUAGCAGUUCGAAAGCACCUCAAAGUGCAAGUAGAUAAAUAGGUACCGCUCCGGCGGGAAGGUAAACAGCGUUUCCGUGCGCUGCUCUGGUUCGCCAGAAGCGGCUUAGUCAUGCUGGCCACAUGACCCGGAAGCUGUAUGCCGGCUCCCUCGGCCAAUAAAGCGAGAUGAGCGCCGCAACCCCAGGGUCGGCCACGACUGGACCUAAUGGUCAGGGGUCCCUUUACCUUUACCUUUAAUCUUAGACAGUGCUUUUUUUCUGGGGGUACACAGGGGUAUGCAUACCCCUAAACAUUUUGUGAAUCCAAGUUUGGCCUCAUUGAAGGGCAGUAUUUCAAUAUGAGUAGGAAAAUGAGAGUACCCCUAAACAUUAUUUUUAGAAAAAAGCACUGAUCCUAGACAUGAAACAGGGACAACCCAAAGCCCAAUUAAAAUGGCUUACUCUGUGACUUCCUAGGAUGCCAGGGAAAGAGGUUAUGUCUCUCUGAAGGACCUCAGAAUUUGUUGCUGUCAUUCUUCUAUACUGCUGUAUAUGGUCACAAUUCUGUACUAAAAUAUAAACAAAUCAGCCUCAGCCCUAGCACAACUGGGGGGGGAAUUGGCUAUUCUGGGAUUUCCUUGAAGUUGGCAUUCUAACCCAAUGAUAAAAGCUCCAGGUAUAGGCAUUUAGAACAUGGUAGUGCAAUUCACAUGCUUCAUCUGAGGCCCUUUUUGUGUGUGCCCCUUCCAAAGGAGAUGCAGGGGGUGGCAACUUGAGAACAGGCCUUCUCAGUGGUGGCUCCCUGUUUAUGGAAUAUGUGCUCCAGGGAGGACACUAUUACUAUGUGCUUUUACAAGUCAGGCAAAUACAUUAUUAUGUGUGUGUGUCAUUUUAAGUUGUUUUAUCUUUGUUUUUGAUGUUCAUAUUUGCAAGUUGCUUCAAGUUUCACUUAUCUUGGGAAAAACAAAAACGAAUAAAUAUAAUAAAUAAUCAUAAUGCUCACAGUGCAUUCUGCAGGCAUGAGUCUGGAUCUAUACAGGAGGCAGCAGAAUGAGUUCUAUGAGAAGGAGGUGAUGGUGGUGUUGGUGUUAGAGUGCGCUGUCAUUUCAGACUGCAACUGGAGGCACGAAUUUAUUUAUUUUAAAUGAUCCUCUAUGUAAAAGAUUCUCUGCUGGUGGAAAACUAGGCGGGGAAAGUGAGAGGUUCUUGUUCAGCUCCCUUUUCUGUUGUGCUAGCUUCCGACGUGCAGUAUUCUUGCAGGAACAGAAAAAAUAAAAUGAAGAUACAAUGGGGAGGAAAACCUAAGAGCAGCCGAGAAUACAAUACCCCCAGUUUGAACUCCAGUUUGGGCAAAUCCUGGCAGCAACUCUGUCUCUUCAUGAAUUUUUGGAUCUUGUAGUUUUGCUGUUGCUCAGGGCUGCCAGUUUGCCUCCCACAUUGAGGGGACCCAGCGUUGUUAUAUGCACAAUGUCAUGCGCCGGGUGGAGGGUGCCAUGGGGGCUGUUGCCCUGGGUGUGCAAACGAGGGGGGGGCGUGAACCAGGAGCCCCCAUUGCGCUCUGCCAGUGACAGGGGCUGGAGAGCACGUUGAGUAAAUAUCAACCUCCGCCCUCCAUCCCUGCCCAGGACACAAGUACUCGCCCAUCGGCCGGGGAAUGGGGACCACAGAGGGCAGGUUUGCAGGGAGGCUGAUCUGUUUUGGGGCCCCUCAAUAUUGGGGUGGCUCAGCCCCCUGCUCACAAAUAUUGAGGGGGCAGAAGUCCCUUGUGGCCCCUACAGUUGGUUCCCCUGCUGUUGCUCAUUACGGGUGGAAAGAAUGCUUUUGCUUUUCCCUAUGGGAAAUUCUGCCUUCAGCAGAGCUAUGCAUUAUUUAUCUCUCUAGGUUGAGGGAAGAAAAAUAAAUAAAAGAGUGGUACUGGAGCUUGCUAUUAGCAAAGUGUCCUUUCUCCUCUAUCUAUCUAAUUAUUAAAAUGAUGUAUGGAAUCACUGUGUCCUGUGAGGAAGAGCUUUAUCAGGCUAUAUAGUAAGUGCAACAAGUCUGAAAUGCAUCCAGUUUCCACUUUGAUGAGAGAGAAAUAAUCCUUUUCCCCAGCCAAGCUUCUAUGUCAGGAAACAGAGAAGGACUAAACAAGAUUGUUGCUUCUCCGUACUGCUAAGCUUUAAUAGUCUUAAUUUUCUUUAGGACUUGAAAAAUGAGUGUUGAUGCAUGAUCCGAAUUUUAACUUGAAUGUUUCCCAUCCCCCACAUCUAAAUUUGGAUUGUGAGUCCCCUUGGCACAAAGGGCAAGUAAGCUUCUAUAAUGUCACACAUCUCUGCCUCUUCUCCUACUUUUGAAUUGGGGCAGGAGGAAAGGCUGGCUUUGCUAGGCAGCAGAAGGAAGGGAUUUGCUUCAGACAUCAUGAAGUAUGCGAACGUGGGGAAAUAGAUGUGCCCCUUUUUCUUUGGGGAAAAAAGACAAAAAGUGGUCUUUGGUGCAGCAAUACAUGACCAUAGCCAGGGGCAUCGUGUGGAGGGUGCCAGGGGGCUGUGGCCCCAGACACACAGUUUUUGAGUUGGUUUGAACCAGAUGCCCCCAUGCAGGUGUCCCCAGCACAGCCUGGCGUGAUACUCCUCUUCACCCGCCAAGGGCCGUGUUGGUCAGCCAGGCUGUUCCCUGCACGGGCAGGCAGGCAGGCAGCUCAGCGUGGCCAUGCUUGGCUUUGGUGGGAGUGAGGUCACUCCAGUGGUGGUGGCAAGGGCUGGGCUGGCACCCCCUCCCAGUCUAUGUGCUGCCUGCCUGGCACAUGUGCACCUGUCCCAGGCACCACCACCACCACCAAUUUAUUAUUUGUACCCCACCCAUCUGGCUGGGUUUCCCCAGCCACGCUGGGCGGCUUCCACAAAUACCAAAAUACACUAAUAUGUCAUACAUUAAAAACUUCCCUAAACAGGGCUGCCUUAAGAUGUCUUCUAAAUGUCAGGUAGUUGUUUAUCUCUUUGACAUCUGGUGGGAGGGCGUUCCAAAGGGCAGGUGCCACCACUGAGAAGGCCCUCUGCCUGGUUCCCUGUAGCUUUGCUUCUCGCAAUGAGGGAACCGCCAGAAGGCCCUCGGCGCUGGACCUCAGCGUCCGGGCAGAACGAUGCGGGUGGAGACGCUCCUUCAGGUAUACUGGGCCGAGGCCGUUUAGGUCUUUAAAGGUCAACACCAACACUUUGAAUUGUGCUCGGAAACUGAUGCUACGCCACUGACCUUAGCCUAGGGGGUGGUGUGGGGGCCCUGUGAGGCCACACGAUGUUUUGGGUCAGCACUGGUAGGAGAAGUAUUGGUGAAAAUUUGAGAAGGAGGGUAAAGCAAUUGACUGGUGCUUAGACAACCUGCAACCUCUUCCCUCUAGGAAAUGCAUAAAGGAACAGCACUCCCUAACUCAGUGCUUUAGAGAGCCAGUGACGUUUUCUGAUAUCAGCAGCCAUUAUACCAAUCUUAAAUGACUGCACAAUUUUAUUGAAUAGAGGUAAGACCACGUAUUGGCUGCUUGCUUCCAUAUUCCUAUAGCAAACAUUGCCACGAAGCCAUAGAAUAUUAGAGUUCAUAUAAUGCUGUUUAUAUUGCAGAUAUUUCCAAAGGUAUCCCAAAAUGUGUGUGAGAGGAACUGUAUGUGAUUGUGUAUGUACAAACAUCUGGCUAUAUUUGGGUAGGCCAAUGUUUACAUGUGACUGUUCAACAGAGGGGAAAGAAUAUUUGUAUGUGUCAGAAAUCUACAGUAUUCUUGAACAGGAAUCAGCAUUGACCUUCACUGUUCUUUAAUCUGGUUCAUGGGGUAGAUGGAUAGAUUUGUGUGUUAAUAAUAUGUGUGACGCACCCUCAUUGUUUCUCUACCAGAGACCGGAGGAUGAGGCUGUUGUGGAUCUGGGAGGUACCAGAAAUGUUGUCAACAUUCGUUAUGAACCCGAAGAGCUGGAAGGUGAGGCUGUUCCUUCCUGGGCUCCCCCCCUUCUCCCCCCAUUUCUCUGGCAGGCCAUUAAUCAUCAUUAACUAUUCGGAAAGUGAAGUAAAUGUGCUUUCUAUCUGAGAAGGUUCCAGAUACAGUGUCUUGUAUACCACAGAACCAAAACUGCUUAUACUGCAUCUCAUAAAACAAGACUCUGGUGAAAAUCCAAUUUAUUUAGCAAGAAAAUGCAAAUUCUGCAUGCAGGAUUUGGGAAACUUGAUUAUUUUGCAUGACUGCUUCCAUUCUGCUUUAUUUCAAGUGUGAAAAUUCAAUAUAUCUUGAUUUUUUUUUAAAAAAACAAGCUAUAGGUGGUGGUACAUGUACAGGAGUUAUACAAGUACUGUGGUUUUAAAAGUGUGUAGGAGAUAGGGAUGGGGGACAAAAUUGAUUCAGUUCUCAUUUAAAGGCAAACCUACUAAACCCACACUUUCCAAAUCAAUAAGAAUACUGAAACACAACCCUCCUUUGAAACUUCCCCUUCUCCAAAUUUUGCAAUAUGGUUCUCUGGCCAAGUAAUGUGUACAAAAAUACAUAUACUGUCCCCAAAUGUAGAAAAAAUAUAUAUACUGGUGAAAAUGACAUAGAAAAUUGUGUUAUAUUAUGGGAAACUGCUUUACAAAAUACUAGGGAAAAUUGUGUAAAAAAAUGUUUGUGAGAAAUUAGUAGUAAAAUGCUGAUGAAUUUUCACGAGAACUUUUUUUAAUUGCAAACUAAUAUGGAAUCGGAAAAAUGGGAGUGACCAGAUCUGAACUAUUCAGCCAUCCUUAGUUUUAUCUAUUUCAUAUCUUUCCCUCCAAUCCAUACCAGAUGCUGUCUUCUGUCUGUAUUUAUCCCUUUUCUUUUUCCAUGUUACAGGGGUGUGUGUGUGUUCUUGCAAGAGAUGCAUUUUGUCCUUGCAGAGUAGAUGGCAGGCAUAUUUUGAGCUACAUUUCAUCUCAUGGGAACAAAAAGACCUGCUUUAAAACGAAAACAAAAACACACACACUUUCUUUGUCCUCUUUCCUAUACUUUGGUGUAUCAAAUCAUGAGGCUGCCUCAACAUGCUUCCUCUUGUGGCUGCAUCCUAUGUUUUCUAUAUGGGAAUCAGCAGGCCCCACCAAGACGUCUUCACACUCAGCAACGAUUUAUUAAAACAUACAGAACAUAGGGCAACAUUGUUUGACAUUACCAUAAAUAGUGUGAUUGAAUAAAGUUUAUUGUGGCUAGCAUUGAGAGCCAGUGUGGUGUAGUGGUUAAGAGCGAUAGACUCGUAAUCUGGUGAACUGGGUUCGCGUCUCCGCUCCUCCACAUGCAGCUGCUGGGUGACCUUGGGCUAGUCACACUUCUCUGAAGUCUCUCAGCCCCACUCACCUCACAGAGUGUUUGUUGUGGGGCAGGAAGGGAAAGGAGAAUGUUAGCUGCUUUGAGACUCCUUCGGGUAGUGAUAAAGCGGGAUAUCGAAUCCAAACUCUUCUUCUUCUUCUUCAUUGCCCAGGCUCCCCCCCCAACCCAGCCAAUCUGAACCGUCUCUCAGACUUUGCACCAGAAAGUGAGACCAUCCUCUCCUGUUCCUUUUCACACUGCCUGUUUGACCUGAAGCCUUUUGUGCUUGCCUCUUAGAACAACACAGCACUAUAGGUUGUGAGUUUUUGGGAAAUGUUUAAAAUAUUCAACCCAUACACAACAAAGCCCUCAAGGGUGUCUGAGAAGGCAACUGAGAAGUGCAGUGCAUUGUAUGCUGGAGCCCUGAGCAUGGCUGUUUCAAGAUGGUGCCAUUGCACCCACGAUGGCGCCAUCCCUAGAGCUAUUGGUCUGACCAGGGCCAGUCCACCCAUGAUGCAGGCUGAGAGAAAGCUGCCUCGGGCAGCAAAACCCAAAGAGGUGAUGCCCCCUUUGCUGCUGGCAGAGAAGUGGAGGCAGCAGCAGUAGCUUCCAGCAAGAUUUUGUGAGAUCAUAUAGAAGUCUCCUGAGAUAACACUGGAAACUGAUAAGGGAAUCUUCAGGGUGGCAGUGCGGGGCAGCACAUUCCUGUUUCACCUCAGAUUCUGGCUCCAACAAUGUAUGCACACACAGUUUCACUUUAGAGACACUUCUUUCCCUCUUUUCACGGCCAGCACUGAAACAGAUGUUAAGGAAGAGAGGAAAACUCAACAGGUGCAUCAUAUGAGGGAAGAGAGGCUUAGCAAUGCUAAUGUAUAAAGCACUGAAGGAAGCCUGCAGAAUGCUACCUUCCAUAUGCGCCAUAGCGGAGGGGCAGUAGAAGUCUGUGGAUAGUCUGUGGAUAGUGGAAUGUGACAGGAUUCCAGGAAGGAGAGGCAGGAAACCUGCCAAAUCAAGCUCUGCCCCCUGUAAUAUGGUGGUAAAGGUAAAGGUACCCCUGCCCGUACGGGCCAGUCUUGACAGACUCUAGGGUUGUGCGCCCAUCUCACUCAAGAGGCCGGGGGCCAGCGCUGUCUGGAGACACUUCCGGGUCACGUGGCCAGCGUGACAUCGCUGCUCUGGCGAGCCAGCGUAGCACACGGAAACGCCGUUUACCUUCCCGCUAGUAAGCGGUCCCUAUUUAUCUACUUGUACCCGGGAGUGCUUUCGAACUGCUAGGUUGGCAGGCGGUGGGACCGAACAACGGGAGCGCACCCCGCCGUGGGGAUUUGAACCGCCGACCUUUCGGUCAGCAAGCCCUAGGCGCUGAGGCUUUUACCCACAGCGCCACCCGCGUCCCACCUUAUAUGGUGGUAUUCAAAACUAUUCUCUCAGGAGCUGCUGGGCGCAAACUUGAGACCUUCUGUUUGCAUGUGGCUGUUCCAUCUGGUGAAUUGUAAGUCUGGAAUAUCUGCUGCCCUAAGUAGUUAAGAACCUUCAGGCCUGAACUGGCCUCACUCAGGCAUACUGGUCAUUGGCACCUCCUGGACAGGAAGGACUAUAAAAGGGCUUCCAGUUUGCAUGAGCACAGGAUAUGCCUAACUCCGGUGUGUUCCUUUGGUCCUGAUUCCUGGCUUUGUCAUCUUCUCUAACUUCUGCUUUGCUUCUUGGAUCCAAUUCCUGCUUUUGUCAUUCUUGCCUGCUCCUUCCCUGGUUCCAUCUCCCUGGCCCAGCUGCUGCUUCCUGGCUCCUGACUUACACUGGACAGCUGCCUGUUGAUUACACACCCAUGGCACUUUCAAAACCACAGGGACCAGAUAUUUGACUGUCAUAUAAGAAUGACAACCGAUGUUCUUCAGAAACUUGAAAUGUGGGAUUGGAUUUUGUGCAAGCCACUCUUACACUUGGAAUCUGAGAAGCCAAAGAAUCUUUGGCGGUGGUGCCACAGAGAACUCUGUCAUUCCUUUAGCAGUGGUGCUGAGGCAGAGGACUCCCAAAUGCUGGGUGAAGAGAACGCUGGAACUCCGCGAUUGGCACGAUCAUCCUUUGGGUCGAGCAGCUGCUGCUAUGUGGGCACCGAGAUGCACACGCAUGUUUAAAGUAGCUUGUGUUAUGUGACAGUGUGCGUACCUCCCACAAUGACUAGCAAAUAUUUGCCCAACAAACACAGCCUGCUGCUUCUUCUGCUACCAAAUAUCCCUCUGAAUGAAAUUGUUCCUUAGCACGGACUGUUCCAAGCCUUCAUGCAAAUUUUCGACAUGCAGAGGAGAUGCAGAUGAGCCAAGAUCUGAUAGAGCUUCCUUCCAAAGCAAGAUUCUCCCUCUCUGUGUGUGGAUCACAAGUUGAUCUUGUUUUCUAAUUGUUUUAGUUGUUUUUUUUUAAUAAAAGAUAUUUAUUAAGAAUUUAAAAAUUACAGAAAGCAGAAAAAGGAAAAACAAGAAAUUAACAAAACAUACAUUACAAUACAUAUAGAAAAAGAAAAAACAUAAAAGAAAACAAUACAACAAUACAGCAAAAAAGAAAGAUCAUUAAAACACAUCCAAUGUUCCAUAUCUUUACCUUUCAUUUACUUGUUUCAUCGACCUCCUCACGCCUCCCUUUUUGUAUUCUAGUUCAAUUAACUAUUUCAGCAAAUUCUUUCCACCUUGCUCAAUUUUUGUUCUAUAAUUUAUCUUAACGGUCUAACCUUUAAUUUUUUCAUUUUUGCCCAUUAUCAAUCAACUUUUACUUAAUUCUUUAUUACAUUUCUGCUAAAACCAUAUAACUUCAUUCCAACAUCCUUCUAACAUUCCUUAAUUUUGCAAUGUUUUUGUAAAUAUACUUUAAAUUUUUUCCAAUCUUCUUCCACCAACUCUUCUCCCUGGUCUCGGAUUCUGCCAGUCAUUUCCGCCAGUUCCAUAUAGUCUAUCAGCUUCAUCUGCCAUUCUUCCCUAGUGGGUAGAUCUUGUGUCUUCCAGUGCUUUGCAAUAAGUAUUCUUGCUGCUGUUGUGGCAUACAUAAAUAAAGUUCUAUCCUUCUUUGGCACCAAUUGGCCGACCAUGCCCAGGAGAAAGGCCUCUGGUUUCUUCAGGAAGGUAUAUUUAAAUACCUUUUCAUUUCAUUAUAGAUCAUCUCCCAGAAUGCCUUAAUCUUUGGGCAUGUCCACCAAAGAUGAAAGAAUGUACCUUCAGUUUCAUUACAUUUCCAACAUUUGUUAUCGGGCAAAUGAUAAAUUUUUGCAAGCUUAGUUGUUGUUGUUUUACAUGUUUUAGCGGUUAUGCUUUUUGACUGGCUUGUUUUAUUGCAUUUUUUUAUUUUUUAUUUUUAUUGAGUUUUCAAUAUUUAUCAUAGUCACAUUUUGUUACAUACAGCAAUAACCUUAAACAUUGCUUGACUGAGCACCGACCUCCUUCACUCCCACUUUCUGACUUCUGAACACCUUUACUAAAUUCUUAGCAUCUCUAUAACCCCCUUUUUAAUUUCUAUCUUUCUUUAACAUUUCACCUCAUUAUAUGUAAAUUAUGGAUACUUUCAAUACUUUGAUGGAAUUGUUUAAUUGUGUAUUUUAAUAAUGUAUUGAUUUCAUACUGGUAAACCUCUUAGAAGCCACUUUGGCAUGUAGGUGGUAUAUAAAUUAAUAAUAAUAAAUCUAUACAAUAAAUUGUCCUUCAUAACUUUGAAACGUUCCAGCAGGGGAAAGCUCUGUUACCUGUGACACAGUAAUAAAAACUAGUAAAAGAUGCCAACAAGAAUUGCAGUCAUAAAUGCAGAACAACAAUAAUUUUUUCACUUCAAACACAUCCUCCUAGGCUGGACUGAAACAAAAGUCCCCCCCCCCCUUGUGUCUUGUAUCCCUGCAAGAAAGAACAUGGCAAAGGACUCUCCAAACAGGAAUUCUAAAGGGCAAGAACCACAACAGGAAAUAGAAAAUGUGCUGGAGAUGAAAACCAGAUUUUAAAGGAUUCUGGGUUGUACCCAUUGUUGGCCAUGCUCUAAGUAGAGCCAUUGAAGUUAAUGGACCUAAGUUAGUCAUAUCAUUAAUUUUAAUGGCUCUUCUUAGAGUAGAACAUAGGGGUCACAAUACCAAAUCCUGAAUAUGCUGCACUUUGUAUUCUGAGAUUUGUUACAUUCACUAUUACUGAUAUACUGAGAUUUGCACCUGAAACUUCAUCUUAUCUCAGGCUGCAGCAUUGCAAUGGGAGAAGGUAAGCCCAUUGAAUAGUGGGACUUAGACCUGAGUAAAUAUGCACAGGAUUGCACAGUCUUUCACAUCAGCUUCAAACAGACCCUUAGGGUGGCUUACGGCACUAAUCUUCCUAACGGGAUUUGGAAACGAAGGGUGAAUAUUGUGUGCUUCUCGUCUGUCAAAAUCCCACGCAAAGCAAGUAGGGUGUCAAUACCUAUAAAUAAUUCCCUUUUAUAUCAAAGGGAAGUCACCCUUAAGAGGAAGCCCCUCUAAGUCCAAAGGCGGAAGAGGGGGAAUCUCUGCAGCUCCUUCCGCUGUUCUUUUUAUUCCUUGUUCCUUUUAUUCUCUCUUUGUAUUCAGCAUGGCACAGUGUGCUUGAAUUAGUAAUAAAUUGCACAGCAGCAGAAUGUCACAAAUCUUUUCACCCUCUCAGUUUUAUAUAAAUAAAGGUCAUGGUUUCUUGGGACUCAGACCCAGAACUUGAACAGAAGGUACCUGUUUUCUUGGAAGGUGUGCAGUAACAACAAGGACGGGGGUGCUCUGAACGAGAGCUGAGUUCGUUUUCUGCAUUGCUGUGUGUCCACGGCCUGAGCUUCCAAGUAGAACUGCAUCCUUGAACCCUAAAAAAAGAGAAAAAGUUAAGUGAUGGGGUGAAAAACUCAUAAAAACCUCAGGGAUCAAACGCUGAAUGUUCUGCAUGCAAAGCCAAUGCUCUGCCCACGAGCUAUGACCCUUCUCAAACAACAUCUCACUGCCAAUAUUAAAAUAUUGGUAGCAGGGACUCAGGUGGCACUGUGGUCUAAACCACUGAGCCUCUUGGGCUUGCCGAUCAGAAGGUUGGCGGUUCGAAUCCCUGCAACGGGGUGAGCGCCACCUUCCAACCUAGCAGUUCAAAAGCACGUCAAAGUGCAAGUAGAUAAAUAGGUACCGCUCUGGCGGGAAGGUAAACGGUGUUUCUGUGCGCUGCUCUGGUUCACCAGAAGCGGCUUAGUCAUGCUGGCCACAUGACCCGGAAGCUGUACGCCGGCUCCCUCGGCCUAUAGAGCGAGAUGAGCGCCGCAACCCCAGAGUCGUCCAUGACUGGACCUAACAGUCAGGGGUCCCUUUACCUUUAGCAGGUUUCCAAAUGGCUAAAUUGAAAAGUCCCCCCCCAACCCCCUACAAUUCAUAGCUUACAUUGGUUAGAAAGCUGCAGCUGCUCCUUUUUCAGAUUCUGAACUGGCAGUAUUCAUUCUUACUUUUGUAGCUUGAAGGCUAGACUUACUGCAAUUAGGUCUACAUGGGGCUUGAAGAGACUACUCAGAAGUAAUGCAACACAUGGUCUUGGAAUCCAGAAAAAGAUGGGUAAUCAGAAACACAUUAAACUGACAUUCCUGGGUCUUCACUGGCUCCAUAUAGCCGUCUGGGCCAUUCAUGAACCACAAUGCCCAAAACAACCUGGGCUAUAUAUAUUUAUCUUGUCCAGGACCUGAAGGUGCCUGCAAUUCAAAGGUUCACUUUUUGUAGAAGACUGGAGGCCAUUUUUUGGAAUAUCUUCAAAGGGAGUGCAUAGGAAAUGGGCAUUGAAUCUUCCACGCUCCCUUCUGAGUCUUAUUUCCCUGCAGUCCAUUGCUCUACCUUCUUUUCUCUGUUCCUGUCCAUGAUUAACAGAAGUGAGCCAUAAGCAGAGAAACAUGGCUGAUGCAAUUGCAUGAGGGGAAAGAGAGUGGACUCAGUGCCCCCACCCCUAUUUUAUAUGUCAAUAGGAUGGACAUGUGGAAAGCCUUUGAUUCCUAGUUUUUCCAGGAAAGUUGCUCCAAAACCAUUCAAGAUGCUGUUACUGUUUGGGCUGUUCUGGUUCUGAAGAAUGGCUGGGAUUGGAAUGAGAAGGGGAGAAGUUUGCACAGGAUAUGAUUUGUAUCAGUUACACCCAAUACAAAACUUAAACUUCUCUGCUUUGAUUCCAGGGCACAGGACUCUGUAUGUUGGGGUGCGGAUGCCUUUAGUGAGACAGACCCACAGACAUCACAGACAUGGCCAGAAGCACAGGAAGCGAGAUCGGGUGCGACAAAUGCAAGAAGAGCCUGGGUCUAAUGGUGAGUGUGCAGUGCUGGGUUACUAUGUGAUGUGAACAUGACAGUAAGGCAAGCAUCUUCAUGGGCCAGUGUCCUGUAUAGAUUUCCAAUACCUCAGAGACAGAAGCUUUCCCAGCAUGGCUACCAUUAGAUCCUUCAAUAGAAUCGUAGAGCUGUAGAGUAACUUUUUUUGCUGUACAUGUCUGGCUAGGUAGUAAAUGUAUUUACUAGGUAGUAAAUGUAUUUACUAGGUACAUUUACUAGGUAGUAAAUGUAGUAAGUAGCUAGCAAUGCAGGAAGUUGCUGCCUUUGCACAAAUCUUCAUUAUCUGUGGUACUGCAUAUUAUUCUUUUGCAUGUUGUGUUCUUAUGCUGAGGGGCUGCUCCUGUAAGCUACUAGUCCCAUGUCUAGAAACAUUGCAAGGCGUCUCCCUCUUGUCCUUUUUUUUGCAGGAUAUUCAAAAGGGGAGGGGAGCAAUUAAUCAUGCUCUCAAAGCUCAUCUCCCUGUUUGUUAUUUACUUAUUGCUCCGUUUUCUUAGAUUCCCCAUCUCGGAGAGUUCAGUUUAUCAUUGGCAUGGAGGAGGAUGAGGAACAUGUCCCCCAUGACUUGUUCACAGAGAUGGAUGAAAUCUGCGUGAAGGAGGAUGAAGAUUCAGAGUGGAAGGAAACAGCAAGGUAAAAAUGAAGGACAACAGGUGUACGCCAGCUUCCUGUGUGGUCAGUUUAGCUCCAAAGGAUUAAGCCAGAAGCAUUCUUAAAGAAACAAGUAACCAUUUCCCCUGCUUAUGAGCAGACUGCAUCCUGAAUGCUGAUGCUGAACAGAUGACCUUCUGUUAUGUCGGUUGCCAGAGAUGUGCAAGGGAAUUGUCAGUACAGUAACAUAUCUGUGCGGGAUUACUGUAAGUCUUGAAUGAAGAAUGGAUAGUAGCACCCAGUUUUACUCAGGACAGUCUGGCAGGCCAGGAUUUUGCAUCUGGAAUUCUACCAUACUUUCUGCUCCUGUUCCAGAAUCAGUUCCAGAUGUCCCAGUUCUAAUGGUAUCUGGUGGGUACUGCUGACUCCAGAGGUUUUACUAAUGUUAUAUAUGGGCCUCUUUGAACAUGCACACAAGCUUCCUGAGACAGCAUGAGAUGGUAGUGCCAUCACAUCAAUCCAAUUGAGGAGGCUUUUCAUCAUUGGCUGCUGAGCUUCCAGGCUUUGCAGCAGGACCUUCUGGAUUCCAGGAAAUCCAGUCUCUGGGCUGUUUUGUUUCUGCUGAGCAAAGAGCUACUAAGCUGCUGCCAAAUGCCACUUUGCGUCUCUAGUUCAUAAGUGCCUUAAAUGCACUUCCAAACCUAUUCAAAAUACAUGUGCUAAUGUACCUGCCAAGCUCACACAAACCAAAGCACAUUCACUGUUGCUUUGCCCAGUGGUGACAUCUACUGGCAGAAGACAUGUUGUUGCUACCAGCCAGUGUUUUCUACAUUCAGCCUUGGUAGCUCCAGAUGUUUCCAUAGGUGUUCAUUUUCAAAAUAAACAAAGCAAGUGACUGGUAACUCCUUCUGUACCAGUUUGUUUGUGAACACUGGGAGAAUUCAUUCUAGUAAUUUGGGCAGAUCACAGCUUCAUAAGCCUUGGUUUCUCAGAGCCACUACAAAGCAGGGAACUGCUAUUUUGAGCCCCCUGAAGUGGCAAAAUGUAAGACUCUCAGUGCUCUCUGAAAACAAGAAAACAAAUUGCCUCAUUUAUGUUCUACUGACAGCUUCCCAUAGCAGCUGAUUAUACUUUCCUUGAAAGAUACUUCUCAUAUUUUGAGAAUACUUGGCUUUAGGUAAAGGUAAAAGUACCCCUGACCGUUAGGUCCAGUCGCGAACGACUCUGGGGUGGCGCGCUCAUCUCGCUUUAUUGGCCGAGGGAGCCGGCGUUUGUCCACAGACAGCUUCCGGGUCAUGUGGCCAGCAUGACUAAGCCACUUCUGGCGAACCAGAGCAGCGCACGGAAACGCCGUUUACCUUCCUGCCGGAGUGGUACCUAUUUAUCUACUUGCACUUUGACGUGCUUUCGAACUGCUAGGUUUGCAGGAGCAGGGACCGAACAACAGGAGCUCAUCCCAUCGUGGGGAUUCGAACUGCCAACCUUCCGAUCGGCAAGCGCUAGGCUCUGUGGUUUAGCCCGCAGUGCCACCUGUGUCCAUACUUGGGUUUGCGCAGGGGCAAUAAUUUAUAGGCAGAGUACAAGCAGUGCUUGCAGAAACUCCCAUGUUCAGUCAUUGGCAUCACAAAUUAAAGAAUUAUGGGUAACAAGUGGAAGGUGGUGUAGAAAUACUUAAAAUAAAAAUAAAAAGGCCCUUGAGGCCACCACCUUGCUGAAGCUAAGCAGGUCUAGUGAUUGGGUAAGAGACUGCCUCCACCUUGGGUUCUGGGAAAGGAUAUAAAUGUAAUAAAACAAAUUUGCAUAUUGGUACUCAGCACAAGGGUCAAGGUUUUUUGUUUUUAAAAAAGCUGUUCCUAUUGAUUUGGAUUGUGUUGGUGUCCAUCACUUGCAGGUGGGUGAAGUUUGAAGAAGAUGUGGAAGAUGGAGGAGAGCGUUGGAGUAAACCCUACGUUGCAACCCUCUCACUGCACAGUAUCUUUGAGCUGAGGAGCUGCAUCAUCAAUGGGAUUGUCCUUCUGGAUAUGAACGCAAGCACCAUCGAAGAAAUUGCAGGUGCCUGUUAAGGAUGAUUAAAAAGGAAAGGAACAGAGUCAGCUUAAGGUGGAGUGGAGCCCGGGGCAGAAAAUCCAAAAGGCAUCCUUCUUUGCAUACAGCAGACCCCAAUUUCACCGCCCGGCACCUUUUCUUAGUAGUGGGAUGGAGAUUAGAAGGAUGUUUUUGCCAGAGACCCUGGAGGGCUGUCAGCAGUCAAGCAGGCAGUUCUGAGCCGUAUAUGGGCCAAGGGUAAAAGGCAGCUUCAUACAUUCAUAUUAAAGGUAAAGGGACCCCUGACCAUUAGGUCCAGUCGUGGCCGACUCUGGGGUUGUGGCGCUCAUCUUGCUUUACUGGCCGAGGGAGCCAGCAUACAGCUUCCGGGUCAUAUGGCCAGCAUGACUAAGCUGCUUCUGGCGAACCAAUGCACAGAAACACUGUUUACCUUCCUGCUGGAGCGGUGCCUAUUUAUCUACUUGCACUUUGACGUGCUUUUGAACUGCUAGGUUGGCAGAAGCUGGGACCGAGCAACGGGAGCUCACCCCAUCGCGGGGAUUCAAACCACUGACCUUCUGAUCAGCAAGUCCUAGGCUCUGUGGUUUAACCCACAACGCCACCUGCGUCCCUAUAUAUUCAUAUUAGAGAAGGGCUAAAACCACCCCAUUUUGGCUUCCAGAAAUGGGGGCAUAAUUUUUGGAGUGGGGUGAUGAAAUUGUAUGAAUGGUUUCUGGGGGAGGGGGGUUAUUGCCAUGUCAACUAGAGACUUUCUCUUUCCUGGUUUUUUUUCUGUGUAAAAAAAUGCAAGGUGCACCAAUGGUGACAGAGCAGAGAUUGGAGAGGGAGGGAGGGGGGGUACAGAGAGAAAGAAAGAACUGGUUGCCAUCAUGUCCCACUCACCUGAAACUAUUGCAACUAUUUGGCUCCCCACCCCAAAAUUUGCCAAAACACCCCCAGGCAGGAAUGGUAAAAUCAUGGGAGGGGUGGAUUUUGACUUAGCCCUAGUCGGUAUGUGUGGCCAGUUAAGAGUUACGUGAGUGUAAUUUCCUGAUCUGGACCUUGUGCUGCAUAUGAAUCAAUAAACUCUCCACCACAAGGAGUUCCAAAGUUUUACUGCAAACAGUCUUUAAACCUAUUACAAAGAAUCAUUUCAAAUAUCAAUCAACACAUUGCUCUUAAACAACUAUCAAUGCAGUCCAGUUUUCUUUCAGUUCUUACUUGUUAGUAUAGUCCAAUAACUACCAUCUUUUUCUGUGUGUUAGACGAGGUUUUAUGACUCAGAAAUCAUGGGGUCGUCCAAUACAUGGAUAGUGGCAUGGGGGGGGGGGGGGAGAGAAGCGGCGAAAUGGGACUUCCGGGUCAGCGCCAUUGGUGAAUGGCGGAGUUCCUCCGACCGGAGGAACGGGCUCCGUGGAAACUGGGUCUUCCCGCCGCGGCGAAGGUGGGGACCCACUAGAAAUCCCAGGCGGAGGAAGCCUGGGAACGUAGGGUUCGGCAGGGCACCAGAAGCGCCCCCUACUCGCGGGGAAUCCCAUCUAGGGGCUCCGGUGCGAAGUGGGGUGAGAAGCGCGGUGCUACGAACUGACUGCUACUUUCACGGAGUGAAGCCGCACAGCCAUUGCCAGAGAGCGCUGACUUUUUCCUGUGGACAAUUGGACUUAAAAAAAGUACCUGUGAGUAGAAACGGAAAAUUUGAUCAAGAAAUUGUUUAAUUUGGUAUUGAAGCGGGAAGGUGCAAACAGGAAGUCCGCCUUCUGCUUUUUGUAUAUAGACUAAAGCAAAAAUUUUGCAAGCUAAAGCCGGGAAGCUGUCAAAAAAGACUAAAUUUCCUUCAUUCAGAAUCACUGAAACCCCCCUUGGAAGCAGGAGAAAAGGGGGGGGGGACUCUGUUUAACCCUAGCAGGAGAGGGAGUGAAGAAGGAUAAGUUUCCACCGUCUCUAACCUGGGAACGGGGUGUCAGAGACAGAAACUGUUGGAGAGGUUCAUUGACUGUGAACGUAAUACUUUGACAGAUAGCUAAUGAAGAGAAACAAGUUGAUUCUAAUGUUGCCUUUUGCAUUUUAAAGAAACAAAAUACCUGAAAAACAUCUGAAAUAUCUGAAAAAUGAAUGUAACUUUCCUUUGUCUUCAAAAAAAAAAUAAAUGGAUACAAAUAGAUUGUCUCCUCUAGAGGGAGCUUGCUAAAUUGUUGCUGUAGUAUAUUUGAGACCCAACAUCUGUGAGAUUAAGACCGUGGGAACAGUCUUUUCUGACCUUGAACAAAGAUGAGCUGGGAGGAAGACUGGGUGCUUGCUUUAUGCAAGACAAAUGCUUUGCUGGAACAGAUGCAUGAGAAGAUGGACUUGAUGAAUGAGAAAAUGGAUUUGACUGUUGUGGUUAAUAACUAUGGACAAACAGGGAACAUUGAUACAGAAAUCAUUCAGGAACCAACCUAUGAAUCUGUACUGACUGGGCAAGUGCAGAUGACAAUGGAGGAGGAUGCGGCUGCACCUCAAAUAGUACAAAUGGAGAGACCCGAGGCCCUACAGGAGCAUAAGCCGCUGUUAUUGAAGAUUGAAGUUGGAGUGGGCCAAGGGGAGUCUGGAGAUGAGGAGGUUCCUAGCUUUGGAGAGAUCUUGAAAUUUGAUUUUAAAUACAUUUUGGAUUAUAUCGAGGACUGUGGAGAGUGGGACUGUGGGGAAUGGGCGAGCUGGAUGAAGGGUGAUGGAGACAAUUUUGGGUUGGAAUCCCCCAGAGACCUACUCCUCAGUGAGAAAGGAAAGAAACUAAGACAGAGACCAACAAAAGACAAGGAAAAGGGCAAGCACAAACAAGAUGAAGAAGAAUUGCAGAAGGGACAUGGAAGAGACUUAAGGGCCUCGGACAUAAGGCUUCCAGGUUGAUGGACUAGAUGGAAUGGACAGUAAGGACUGACACGACCCGAGACCAGGAAGAAGAGACGCUGGAUGAUGAUUGGAAGAGAAUUUAUAAUGGAAAUUUUUUAUUUUAGAAUCAGCUUAAUGAAUAUUAGGGAAAAUGUGGGAAUGAAACUAUAUGACUCUAGCAGAAAUGAUAUCAGGAGCUAUGUAUAUUUGAAAACUAAGAUUUAAGUCUUAAGGUACUUAGGGGUAAGAUAAGGUUAAAUAAAUUAAGGUAAUUUGAAUAACAGAAUAUGGGGAAAGAUGGAAAGGAUUUGUUGAGUUAAUAGGUUAAAUUGUUAAGAUAAAUUUUAUAACAAAAAUUGAGAAAGAUGGAAAGAAUUUGCUGAAAUAAUUACUAAACUAGAAUACAAAAAGGGAGGUGUGAGGAGGUCAAUGAAACAAGCAAAUGGAAAUUAUGGUUAUGCAAUUUGGGAUUUGUGUUUUUUUCCCUCUUUUUUUCUUCUUUUUUACUCUCUUUUGCUGUAUUGUCCAUUUGGUUUUUAUAUUUUGUGCUUUUCUCUUUUUUUCUUUUUUUUUGUAUUGUAGUGUUGUUUUUUAUUUUUUAUUUUUCUUGUAAUCCUGAAAUUAUCCAUAAAUAUUAUUUUUUUUAAAAAAGAGAAGCGGCAAAUCUGCCUGCCAGCCGGUUGGUGGAAGUGCAACUUCCCCCGAUGCUGCUGUGUGCGGGAAACGAUCUAGGGAGUGUUUCCUGCCCGCAGCUGUGGGGGGGGGGGGGAGAAGGUCAACAACUUUGGGCCACUCCCCUCAUUUUCUUAAAAUUGAGUCCUGAAAAACAGGGGGAUCUUAUACAUGGAGGUGUCUUAUAGAUGAAAAAAUACGGUAUUCUCUCUCUGGUUACAGAGAGAGAUUCAGAAAAGCAAGCUACUUAUUCAAUAUGCUUUUUGCUUCCAAAAGAGAUCCAGACUCUCAGGGAUAAGUAAUCAAUUAACAUAACAUUGAAACAUUAGUGCACCAUUUGCGCUUGUUACAGUUCUCUGUAAAAUAGAUAUUCUGCAAAUGCAAACCUCCACAUAUCAUUUUAGACACAUUAAAUUCACAUAUUUUACAUGGCCCUGGUCAGGUUGGCUUGCAACCUCAAGAUUUCCGCUGAGUCUGAGAAAAUUGUUACGGCUCUUCAUGAUUUUGUCAUGGUUGUUACAAGUGGAGUGCACUUUCCAGCAAAAAUAUGUGUGUGUGUUGCAUGCUACGUAUUUCUACUAAACUGUGCUAAAAAUGAUAUAUAUAUAUUUUAAAAUGCAAAUGUUUCGCUAGCUUUCAUGACGAUGACUUUUUAUUUUUUUUAAAACACCAUCAAACCUGAACUCACACCAUUGACAGCCUUGUGAGACUUGCCCAUUAAGGAGUUUAUUAAGAUAUUAUUGCCAAAGCCCAGGUUUGCUGUGGGAAAUGCUAUCUUUGUUUGCUGUAACAGACUCUAGUCAUCCUCUGCAGGAAAGUACCGUAUUUUUCGCCCCAUAGGGUGCACCGGCCCAUAGGGCGCACCUAGUUUUUUUGGGGGGGAAUAAAGAAAAAUCCCCCCCAGGCGAGGGGCUGGGGCGGGGGAAGCCCGAGCUUCCCCCGACCCCAGCCCCCAGAACAGGCUGCUAUCCGCAAGCCCUGGGAGCCCGGCGCGACUUCCCGCCAGGCUCCCACAGCUUGCGGAGAGCUACCCGAAGCCCGGGGUGCGCUCCGCUAUGCGCCCCGGGCUUCGGGCAGCAGACUGCUAUCCGCAAGCCUAGGGAGCCCUGUGGGAACUCCCGCGGGCUCCCCAGGCUUGAGGAUAGCUUCCUGGAGCCUGGAGAGUGAGAGGGGUCGGUGCGCACCGACCCCUCUCGCUCUCCAGGCUUCAGCGAAAGCCUGCAUUCGCCCCAUAGGACGCACACACAUUUCCCCUUCAUUUUUGGAGGGGAAAAAGUGCAUCCUAUAGGGCGAAAAAUACGGUACAUACACUUGUGAGUGACGGAGAAACUGCCCUGAGCUGUUAAAAUCUGCACGUUUUGGAACUCUAUGAACUUCAAGCUUACAUGGCUGCCUGGAAAAUAGAAAGUUGCUUCAGACAUUUUUGUAGCAUUCGUUUUCAGUUGCUCUUUUGCCUGAUAACCAAAGUCAUGUCUUAAUGGAAGAGUCAGUGGAAAACUUAAUGGAGCUUUCUUAAUUUUUUCCUUCCAGGAAAGUAGCUUUGUAGAAAUGGGCUCUGGAUUGACAAGAUUCCAUUCAAGCCCUCUGGUAUCUGAUAAUUCUGAGCACAUUUCCUUCCCACAAGGCUUACCAAUAUCAGUCAAUUACGCAAGAUAUUUCAAUGAGGCAUUGUGGUGCAGAUUGCUUUUUAUUUGAUUAGAUGCGCAGAGAAAUAAAACUGACUCAGAUUGUGGAAGCAAACUGCAUUAUAUUGAAUGGGGUUGCAGAUGCAUUAUUUAGACUGUGCUUUAGCGUUUCAGCAAAGCUUAUUAACUGAAGGAAAACGCCUGCUUUCUCAGCAGAGACAAAGAGGGAUUGUCUACACUGCAGCCUUCUGCAUCACAAACCUGCACAUGGACUUGGCUUCUGUGGCUUCACAUCUGGCAUAUACCGUAUUUUUUGCUCCAUAGGGCGCACUGGACCAUAGGGCGCACCUAGUUUUUAGGGGGGGAAAUAAAGAAAAAUUGCUGUCUUGGCUUCCUCUUUAGCCACGCGCAACCUCUCCAGCCGGGAGAAGCUGUGCGCAGCUUUGUUUUUAGCCGCGGGGCUCCCAAAACAGGUCCAGGAGCGGCGGCGAGAUUGCGCGCAACCUCGCCACCGUUCCUGGGGCUUGUAGCUGUGGGGCUGGGACAGGGGAAGCCCAAGCAACCUCACCGCCGCUCCCGGGGCUUGUAGCCAUGGGGCUGGGACGGGGGAAGCCCGAGCUUCCCCCAACCCCAGCCCCCAGAACAGGCAGCUAUCCGCAAGCCUUCUGAGCCCGGCGGGAACUCCUCUCGCUCUCCAGGCUUCAGCGAAAGCCUGCAUUCGCUCCAUAGGAAGCACACACAUUUCUCCUUCAUUUUUGGAGGGGAAGAAGUGCGUCCUAUAGAGCGAAAAAUAUGGUAUAUGUUUUAGAGAGCCAAGGACUUAGACUGUUUAUAGAGAAGAGGAAUAGCUUGUGUUCGAGUGAUGUUUCUCUGGCACAUAGGAACACAGAAUCAAACCAUGGGCCCAUUUAGCUCAGUAUUGUCUGCACUGACUGGCAGCAGCUGUCCAGGGUUUUAGGCAGGAGUCUUUGCUCGCCUUACCUGAAGCUGCCAGGGAUUGAACAUGGAAGCCACUGAGCUAUGUUUUUUGUUUAAUUUUUAUUAAUUUUUAUUAAGUUUUUCAUAUUUUAUUACAUUUCAGUAUCAAAGAAUUAGAGAAAAUAAUAAUAAUAAUAAUAAUAAUAAUAAUAAUAAUAAUAAUAAUAAUUCAUGACUUAAAACAUUGCUUAAAUAAAGCAUCGACCUCCUUCCUUCCCUCUAACGGACUUCCAUAUCUCAUUACCGAUUUCUCCACAUUCCCAAAUUCACUUUUUUACCUUAAAUCAAUCUUUUAAAAAUCACCUCCUUAUAAGUAAAUCAGCUCCUUAAUUUCCCAUUACCAAACAUUUCAACUUAAACCUACAAAUGUAUUCAACUGUUUACAACUUUCUUUCAUAUAGAGUACAAAUUUGCCCCAGUUCUUUUGAAACAAAUCAACAUGGCGAUUUUGAAUCUUCCCCAUCAGCUUCGCCAGCUCCACAUAUUCGACCAUCUUUACUUGCCAAUCUUCCAAUGUGGGGAGUUCUUGUUGCUUCCAUUUCUGGGCCAGGAGUAUUCUUGCGGCCGUUGUUGCAUACAUGAACAAAUUUACAUCUUUCACUUGAAUUUCCUCAAUUAGCCCCAACAGGAAAGCCCCUGGUUUUUUUACUGAAAUUAUACUUAAAUACCUUUUUCGAUUCAUUAUAUAUAGUAUCCCAAAAGGCUUUAAUCUUGGAGCAAGUCCACCACAUGCUAUGUUAUAUUUUCACUGUUUUAUCUUCAGCAUUAUUGGGGAAAAGAUUACAUGCCUGCCACACUUGGAGGGUGGAAAUGGAUAUCCUACACAAUAGCUGUUAAAGCACAGAGACUGUCAUAGGCCAUGAAUUAAGGCAAUUUGUUGUUAUUCUCCAGGAAAUUCAGGGUAGAGAGCAUCAGUGCUGAACUAACCUGAUGACUGGAUGGUAAGAAUGGGUGCCACUCCCCACAGUCUGGAGCUCUCACAUCCUUAAGCACCUACAACAUGAUUACUACCAGUCUGUUCUAACUCAGGAACAAAGGAUCCUGCAGGCAAAGGACCACAGGACCACAGGCCCUCUGGGGUUUCUGACAGGGGUCUCUCCCAAACUCUGCCUGGGGAUGGUGGGGGUUGAACCUGGGACCUUCUGCAUGGAAACCAGAUGUUCUGUCAUUGUGCCAUAGCCUUUCCCCUCAAGUCCCCUUACAAGUUGUUCCUGUAGCUCAGUGGUAGAUCACUGGUCUUGGGUUGACUCCCUGUCAUCUCUACAAAGAGUAAAGAACCUUCAACUCCCAUAAUUCCUGGCUGAGACUAAUUGGGAGUUGGGAGUUCAACAAUGAAUGGUGGGCCACAUAUUCCGUACCUCUGAUGUAGGAAACACUGGAAGUCAGGGCUAAGAAAGGUCUCUGUUCAGGACCAUGGAGAGCUGCUCUAUUCAGUGUCGCUAGGUGGUCCUGGGUUCAGUAGAGCAGUGGUCUAUGAACAUAAGGCUGCACAUGGUAUGCUUUCUUUUCUUACACUUAAAAAUCUCAUGAAAAUUGCACACAACCCCACCCAUCCCCUACUCUCACACAACAUUCCUUCGUCUCCUGUCAGUUCCAUCUUGUCAUUCCUCUGGUUGUAUUUUGCUUUCCACGCUGGCUCUAGAGCCACCAAUAGUUAUUUUCCUUUCUUGGUUUAGAUGGGUUUUUUUAAAAUACAUUUUAAUUAAUUUUAACAUUCAAAUUAUAAAACGUACCGCACAAUUUAUUACAAAUACAAUCUUAUUGGACUUCCAUCAGCACCUCUGAUGAUCCUCCGUCUUAACCAUUUCUUAUGCAUUUCGUAACUUUGUGUUGUCUUUACAUCUCUUAACAUAACAUCUCCCCUUCUCCAUUUUUACAAUACUUCCAAUAUUACUCCUCACAGAACUUCUUGCAAACCUACAAACGUCGUCUGGCCAUCACAAAUACUUUUCAAUUAAUUCGUAAAUUUACUCCAGUCUUUGGUAAAUUUCUGGUCCCGCCGGUUUCGGAUCCUUCCUGUUAGUUUGUCUAAUUCUGCAUAGUUCAUUAACUUCAUCCUCCAUUCUUCAAUGGUUUAGAUGGGUUUUUGAAAAGGUCUGGACAAAUUCUUGGAGAGUAGGGUUGCUGUUGGCCAUUAGUCAUGAUAGCUAAAGGGAACCUCCAUGUUUAGAGGCAGUUUCUCUCUGCAUAACACAUGCUGGGGACAGAGAAGAGGAAUGGCUUGCUUGUGAGCUUCCCACAUAUAUCUGGCUCCACUUAAAAACAGUGAGACAAACCCAGUGGAACUGGGUGUGAUCCGGUAAGGGCAUUUUUGACAUUCUUUCACUACUAAGGGCCAAGUUAGAUGUUAUAUUAAUUUUACUGUUGCAUUAAAAGAUGCCAGUAGCAGCUGCUAUGUGUACAUUGAAAAUUGCGGUAAGCCCUCAAUUUACUCUGGGUUUCAUUCUGGGGAUCAUGCCUAAAGCCAAAAUUAUGUAUAGUCAAAAUCCAUUGGGUUCAGCGGCAGGCAGGAUCCCCUCCCCAGAACCCCACCUCCUUUUCGUCGUCGUUUAGUCGUUUAGUCGUGUCCAGCUCUUCGUGACCCCAUGGACCAGAGCACGCCAGGCACUUCUGUCCUCCACUGCCUCCCGCAGUUUGAUCAAACUCAUGCUGGUAGCUUCAAGAACACCAUCCAACCAUCUCAUCCUCUGUCGUCCCCUUCUCCUUGUGCCCUCCAUCUUUCCCAACAUCAGGGUCUUUUCCAGGAGUCUUCUCUUCUCAUGAGGUGGCCAAAGUAUUGGAGCCUCAGCUUCACGAUCUGUCCUUCCAGUGAGGACUCAGGGCUGAUUUCCUUAAGAAUGGAUACGUUUGAUCUUCUUGCAGUCCAUGGAACUCUCAAGAGUCUCCUCCAGCACCAGAAUUCAAAAGCAUCAAUUCUUCGGCGAUCAGCCUUCUUUAUGGUCCAGCUCUCCUCCUUUUCACUCCCUUUUAAAUGAAUUAUUUUUUUUGCUACACACAUAAAGCUGAAUGUGCACAAGUUAAAUGCAUGCAAGUGGAGGACUUACUGUACUGGGAUCGCAGCUGAUGGGAGAGUGCAAGCCUCUUCUCCAUUUUUUGCAAUCCUGAGAAAAUUUGGUCCUCCCGAGCUGCUGUUGGAAGGAAAGCUCUCAUUGGCUCUCGCAACUGGUCUGACAGCUGUGACCAUUCCUGGACCAAGAAAGCUUGGCCACAGUAGUUCAUACAUGGGUUAAUUCAAGACUGGAUUACUGCAGUGCUGUCAAGCGUGAGAGUUCCUCUUUCCCCUUCGGUAGCUCACAGAUAAGAAUUAAUGAGCAGUUGAUAGAUUUAUAGUCCUUUUAUUACAGCAUCAUGUUGCAAGCACAAACAGAGAACCCUCCGCAAGGAGAUCAGUUGCCUACUCUGAAUCCUCCUUCUGACCUCCUCAACAAGGGGGUGCCAAUGGGAAGUUCCUCCCCCUCUUUGCCUCCUUUGUUCUCUGAUAUGUUCAGACCUCAGAGUCCAUGGGGAGGGUGGUUCUCCCCCACUCUCAGUUGAUGUGUCUUCCAGCUGCCCCCUCCCUUCUGGAUCUCUUAGCAUUAUCUCGUAGCUGGGUAAAAAGGUAAAGGUAAAGGACCCCUGAUAGUUAAGUCCAGUCGUGGACGACUCUGGGGUUGCACGCUCAUCUCGCUUUACUGGCCGAGGGAGCCGGCAUUUGUCCGCAGACAGUUUUUCCGGGUCAUGUGGCCAGCAUGACUAAGCUGCUUCUGGCAAAACCAGAGCAGCGCGCGGAAACGCCGUUUACCUUCCCACCGGAAUGGUACCUAUUUAUCUACUUGCAUUUGACGUGCUUUCAAACUGCUAGGUUGGCAGGAGCUGGGACUGAGCAAUGGGAGCUCAUCCUGUCGCAGGGAUUCAAACCACCGACCUUCUGAUCGGCAAGCCCUAGGCUCUGUGGUUUACACCACAGCACCACCCGCAUAACUGGCUUACUCCUCCUUAAUCUGUUUAGCUUCUGUGUCUGCCUCUCUCUCUGCUUCUGAAAAUACUAGAGGUGAGCCCCCCCCCGAAUAUUCCCCCUCCUCUUCUGAGAGGAGCUGAUCUGCCUGCGACUGCAUUCCUCAAUCUUCAGAUCCAGACCAUUCCCUGACAAACGCGCUGUAUGUGGGGCUUCCCUUGUGCUUGAUCUGGAAGCUGCAGUUAGUGCAAAAUGCUGUGGCACCAUUGGUGACAGGAGUGAGACCUUGUCAGUCCUGUGCUGAGAGGUCUGCAUUGGUUGCCAGUUUGCUACUGGACCAAAUUUAAGGUGUUAUUAUUAGUAAAUAACCACUAAUAACCUUAACCACUUGGAACCAGUUUACGCACAAGAUUGCUUUAACUCAUAUAUGACCACUCAGCCACUUCAGUCUGUGGAACUGGCAUUUGUAAGAAACCAGUCUUUAAAUGUGGCAGUAUCUACACUCUGAAACUCCUUCCUAUUGACACUAGGCAGGUACCUUCACUGCACUCUUUGGGGCACCUGCUAAAAACAUUUUUCUUUAGACAAGCCUACCCAGACCUGGACAAUGUUGAUGUAUUAAUCUGUAUUUAUUUGACUGCCAUCAAAAAAAAUAUUUUCAAUUGAUGUUUAUAACUGUUUUCACUGUGGAUUUUAUUGUUUAUUGUCUUUGUUGAACUUCUUUGAGGUUUUAUGUGUGUGUAUAUAUAUAUAUAUAUAUAUAUGUAUGUAUGUAUAUAUGGUAUAUAUAUAAAGCAAUCAAGUGGUUUAUAAAUUUUAUGAAUUGCAAUAAAUGAAUGGUGCUAAAAAUGUUAAUGACUUGGAGUUUCUCCCUUUCAGACAUGGUUCUGGAUCAAUAUGAACCUUCUGAGGAGAUUGAUAAGAAAACCCGUAAAAAAAUCUGGGAAGCCCUUUUGAGGAGUCAUCACCAUCAGAAUGGAAAGAAGAAAAACAUCCUCCCAAUUGUCCGCUCUUUAGCUGAUGUCUCCCAGAAAAAAACUGAACCUCCCUCGACAGAUAAAGCAGGUGAGAGUCCCUGGAGGUCUGUACGGUCUGGUUGAAUUAGCACAAUAACCUGUUCAUCUCUAUCAUGCCUGCCUAGCAUCCAACCAGUCUUCUCAGUGCCACCUUUGUUCUGUUAUGGAGUCCAGGGCAACAUACACAUGGUUCCCAGGAGGUCUCGCAUCCCGACAUAGACCUGCUUAGCUUUAGCAAGUUGGUGCGCUUGUUUGCCUUCAGGUGCUACUCUGCGACCCUUAUUCUGGCUAAUUUGUCCUCCAGCACUAAAAAGGUAAAGGACCCCUGACAGUUAAGUCCAGUUGCGAACGACUCUGGGGUUGCGGUGCUCAUCCCGCUUUACUGGCCGAGGGAGCUGGUGUUUGUCUGCAGACAGUUUUUCCGGGUCAUGUGGCCAGCAUGACUAAGCCACUUCUGGCAAAACCAGUGCAGCACAUUUACGGCAUUUACCUUCCCGCUGGAGCGGUACCUAUUCAUCUACUUGCACUUUGACGUGCUUUCGAACUGCUAGGUUGGCAGGAGCAGGGACCGAGCAACAGGAGCUCACCCCAUCACGGGGAUUUGAACCGCCAACCUUCUGAUCGGCAAGUCCUAGGCUCUGUGGUUUACACCACAGUGCUACCCGUGUCCUUACCCACCAGCACUACCUGGGUUCUAAUAUUAAAGGGCACUAGGGAGGUCAUUGGCUCAUUUGGGCAAUACUCACCACCCCCUGUCCCCAACUUAACCUAGCACAUGGAGCAGAAGUGAGUGCAUACAACUCUCCUGCGCUGCCUCUGCUGUCGUUGCUUGAAAAUGCAGAGACUGGUCAUCUGAUCUACCGUAUUUUUCGCUCUAUAAGACACACUUUUUCCCUCCUAAAAAGUAAGGGGAAAGGUGUGUGCGUCUUAUGGAGUGAAUGUAGGCUGUGCGGCUAUCCCAGAAGCCAGAACAGUGAGAGGGAUCGCUGCGCAGUGCUCCCUCUUGCUGUUCUAGCUUCUGGCUUAGCCCCUCAGUCCCUUCCCCCACCUCCUGGAAAAGCCCCCAAGAGCUGCGCUUCCUUUAAAGAGCCGCGCGGAGCAUGUGUGCAGCUCUUGGGGGCUUUUCCCCGAAGAGGGAGAAGGGCAGCCUGUCAGUGAUGGGCUGCCCUUCUCCCUCCUCGGGGAAAGACCCUCAAGCGCCGCGCACACGCUCCACGCGGCUCGUGAAAGGGAGCGCUGAGCAGAGCCUGGGAUGCAGACAGGCUCUGCUCAGCGCUCCCUUUAAAUAUUUUUUCCCCCUUGCAUUCCCCCUCUAAAAACUAGGUGCGUCUUAUGGUCAGGUGCAUCUUAUGGCUCGAAAAAUACGGUAAUCCUGCAUAUUGUGUGCAAAUUGUGUAAAUGAAAAUCAGCCUUCUGAUUUGCACGAGAGCGGGAUUAAAUCAGAAGAUCUGUUCCAAGUGUUCAGGCAGAGAAGGGGACAGCAUACAAAGUGGCAAGGAAGGAGCUAUGUGCACUUGUUUCCUUAUGUACGUUGGGUUGGUGGGAUUGUUGUCCAAACUGGUGUUGGCACUAACUUGCCUUAUACACCCAGUCGAUAUCUGUGGUCUGCUGGAGAGCAUCUCCUGCAAAUGCCAGAGGACUCAGAAGCCCACUCUGGUGUGGCUGCCCCUGUUCUGUGCUUCAUGGAAAUAGACGAAAACAUUUUUGCCACCCCGAGUGGAUAAAUGGGUCUUUCCCACAAGUGUUCACUUGCUAUAGUUUUGGUCUUGUUUUUGUCUUGUGUUUACUGUUCAGUAAAAUGUGUUUACUGUUCUUGUGUUUUUAACUGUUUUUAUCCACUUUGUGGGUAAAUCGCAUCAAGGUGGUGGUUUAGAAUAAUUGUAAUUACAGUAGCAAUACAGUGGUACCUCAGGUUACAUACGCUUCAGGUUACAUACGCUUCAGGUUACAGACUCCGAUAACCCAGAAAUAGUGCUUCAGGUUAAGAACUUUGCUUCAGGAUGAGAACAGAAAUCGGGCUCCCGCGGUGCAGCAGCAGCAGGAGGCCCCAUUAGCUAAAGUGGUGCUUCAGGUUAAGAACAGUUUCAGGUUAAGAACGGACCUCCGGAACAAAUUAAGUACUUAACCUGAGGUACCACUGUACUCUUUUUUUAAAUUUAAUUUUUUUAAUUCCUUUUUUGUUGAUACACCGAGAAAAAAAAGGAAGAAAAGCAAAAAUACAAAUGAAAAUAAUAAUGAACACAAAAUUAUUUACAAAACCAUAAAGCAAGAUUUGGUCUUUGAACUAUAGGCCCGACCUCCUGUCUAUUCCUUACUUCAAUUAUAUAUUACUUGCUGCCAAUACACAUUUUUAUCAUAAUUUAACUAAUCCUUAAUUUGUCUUAGGUCUCACGUCUUUCUUAAAGCUCCUACUGAAAUUAUUCGAAUGCUGUGACAGAGUUUAAACUGCUGUAAUUAUUUUUCAACUAUACUUUAAAAACCUCCCAUUUUGAGACAAAUUCCUGUUUUGGUUUGUUCUUUUUCCCCCCCGAUACACUAUCUAACUCCGCAUAUUCUGUCAAUUUUGGAGUCCAUUCAUGAAUAGAGGGGAUUUCAUCACUCUUCCAUUUUGCAGCAAUAAGAACUCUUGCUGCAACUGUAGCAUAUAAAAAGAUACCCUUCAUUUUUUCCAGAGUAGCAAUACUCUUAAUGAAGAAGCACCAUCCACAUAAAAUUGGAUAUGUGGGUGAAAACAAAUGCUUCAUGUAAUUUUUGCUGAGAAAAGUAUGUGUGUGUGUGUGUGUGUGUGAGAGAGAGAGAGAGAGAGAGAGAGAGAUUUCAUGCAUAUAAAUGUGCACUUGGUGAAAAUGUAUCUAUAGACGGUGAUAUUCUGAAACUAAGCAUUAACAUACAAUUUCAUCUAGAAUUAUUUCUCUUCAUUUCUUCCUAGGAGUGAGUUCACCAAGUGCUCCACCUCCUCCAGGCUUGGACGCUAAGAAUGGAAUAAUCCAUGAUAUCACCCCAACAGACUUAACUAAGGUGCAAUCUUCUUUGCUCGUCUAUUCAACUUAAACACUGUUGCUUGACUCUCGGUUUACUUAUGUUGCUAAUAAGAUACAUGAAUCCCCCAAUAAGAUUCAGUUCAAAAUUAAAACAAUAAAAUUGUGUUGUUUGGAUUGCAGAAGAAUCUUUUUUUUUUUUUUUUUAAAAGAGAGCAGUGUGAUAACGUGAACCCCUAGGGAUAUGCAAAACAGUUUCAAAGAGUACACAGCAGAUUUUUAUAUUUUUUAUUUAUCAUAGUAGAACUUUUAUUUUGUAUUAUAUAUAAUAAAGCAAUACCGUAUAUUGCUGUAGUGCAGGCAUUGCCAAACUUGGCCCUCCAGAUGUUUUGAGACUACAGUUCCCAUCAUCCCUGACCACUGGUCCUGUUAGCUAGGGAUGAUAGGAGUUGUAGUCCCAAAACAUCUGGAGGGCCACGUUUGGCCAUGCCUGCUGUAGAGGUAUGUAGAGUAGAGCUGUAAAAGCAAAUUGCUGCCUGGAAGCAGAUGGCCAUUAUAGACUGUCUCUUGCUAGAUUAUUGACACAUAGUCCUGGUCCAUAGUGUUUUAAAUGUAUGGUGAAUGCGCAGCCGUACACUUAUGGCGUGGGCAUUUUCACGGGAGAGACAGUAGGUGAGAGAAGGGUUGAUGAUUCCUCACUGCUUGCCAGUUCUUCCCUGCAAUUGUCCUUUCUGCCCCUGUUUUACUAUGACAAGUGGACUCAGGUUUUCCUUGCAAGAAAUAUCUCUGCCCUCUCAAUUUGCUGUUCUUGAUCAAUUGACCAGUGUGGAAUGGUCAGUUAGGUAAAGGCAGGCAGAUCUCUGGUUUCCUGUAACAGGAAUAUUUAUUAUGAAGGUGCAAUUGUUUGUUUGUUUUUUAAUGAAUACAUUUGAUGUAUUCUUGAUCAGAUAAGUCUUGAUGGCUUAUCUGAUCCCUUGUUACCCUGCAAAAAAGAAAAAAGUCAAAGUCAGUGAAGAUGGAGUAUCCCCAAAAUUAUGUAUGAAAAGGUGGAAUAAGCCAAUCAAAGUUCAUAUAUACAAUAUAACAGAGUGGUAGCGAGGACUGUCAAGCCGUGUGUUCAAAACAGAUGUCUAAGGACAGUCUCACAAUAGUCUUUCAAAAGUUUCAACAGAAGACGUAUUGAUAGACUUUACUUUUGAAACUUUUGAGACGUCUUCUGUUAUUCCUAUAAUUUGAAUGAUAUCAUUAUUCUGUUAUAUAUUCUCUACUAACUAUUAGCCUGAAUGUUGUGUUUGGUUCUUAUUGCAACACAGGGGUUUGUUUUGCGUGAAAAGGAGGAGUGCCUUGUCUGGGUGGGCGAAAAUGCUGGUCAAAUUGUAUCUCAGCCCUAGAAAUUAUGCCCUGUUCUUUGGAAUUAGGCAGAGCUUCAUUUUAUGAAGAAGAUUCCCACUGGAGCAGAAGCCUCAAAUGUUCUCGUGGGAGAGCUGGAUUUUCUUUCUCGACCGGUUAUUGCCUUUGUGCGCUUAUCACCAGCCGUUCUUCUCCCAGGCAUGACUGAAAUUCCUCUUCCUACCAGGUAAGAGUUGUUGUUACUGUUGUUUUGUUGGUUGUUGUUGUUGUUUAGUCGUUUAGUCGUGUCCGAUUCUUCGUGACCCCAUGGACCAGCGCAUGCCAGGCACUCCUGUCUUCCACUGCCUCCCGCAGUUGGGUCAAACUCAUGCUGGUAGCUUCGAGAACACUGUCUAACCAUCUCAUCCUCUGUCGUCCCCUUCUCCUUGUGUCCUCCAUCUUUCCCAACAUCAGGGUCUUUUCCAGGGAGUCUUCUCUUCUCAUGAGGUGGCCAAAGUACUAGAGCCUCAGCUUCACGAUCUGUCCUUCCAGUGAGCACUCAGGGCUGAUUUCCUUCAGAAUGGAUAGGUUUGAUCUUCUUGCAGUCCUUGGGGCUCUCAAGAGUCUCCUCCAGCACCAUAAUUCAAAAGCAUCAAUUCUUUGGCGAUCAGCCUUCUUUAUGGUCCAGCUCUCACUUCCAUACAUCACUGCUGGGAAAACCAUAGCUUUUACUAUACGGACCUUUGUGGGACUUAGACCUGAGUAAAUAUGCACAGGAUUGCACACUCUUUCACAUUUGUUGGUGUUGUAGGCUUAACAACAACAACAACUAUUUGUGAUAAUGAGAACUUGUAUGCAUGCCUGUAAUUUGCCCAGCUGUCAUUUGCAUUUUUAUUUUCGCAGAAUUUGGAAUAUUGUGCUUAAUUAUUAUUAUUUGUCUUGGGGGGAGGAGGCAGACUGUGAUUUGAGGGCAGGCAUUGAUAUUAAUAACCCCUUUAUUAUGGGAGAAAGGCUCCAAAUUACUGAUUGAGGGACUGACCAAGUUUCUUAAAUGAUAUCUGCCUUUCCACACUUUGAGGCAAAAUUGCCAGUCAUUUCCCCCCUGCUUUUCUUCAAAUUAGGAUAAUUGAAACUUGCUGAUUGAACAAAACCUCAAAAACCCCCAAAAGAGAGUAGAAAGCAAGCAUUUCUACACAGCAGAAAACCUAUAUAAAGCAAGCAUUUAUGUUUUGUACCAUUAUGAUAUAUUUGGAAACCAGAAGUCUUGGGUGCUUGUACUUGAAGAUGUAUAUUGAUAAUGCUCUAUAUUUACUCCAGGAUAUAACAUUUGCUGCAUAAAGUGUGGAGAUGGUCUUCCUCUGGGGAACCGACCCAGAUUAAUAAUUGAGGAACCUCUAGGCUAGUGAGUAGGGAAAUCCAGAAUGUUCCUUCCCUUCUGUUCACACUUGAUAUGUUUCAUGCUGCCGCCAUUGAAACUAUUGUUGUCACAGGACAGGAAGAAGGUGCAAUGCCUGAAUUGGAAGAGAGGUUGAUGUUACCUCCCACCCCGACUUCCCCAAAAUGAAUGAGAGCCAAAGGAAGCCUGCAAGCAUGAACUAGCCCCAGUUGGCUGGGGCUGGGAGGAAAGUGAGCCUGACAAUUCAGUUUGGUGCCCCAAUGGGUUGGAGAGGGAACUUGACUCUGACAGUGUGUAUAUCUGGGAUCCCAGUCCUCUCCUCACUGUGUUCAUUAAACUACGGUUACCAGAUUUUUUCCAAUGAAUCCGGGGACACUUUUUGUUUUAAAGCUGAGUACUGUAGAUUCCGGCGUAUAAGGCUACUUUUGAACCCCAGAAAAUCUUCUCCAAAGUCGAGGUCUCCUUAUACGCCGGGUAUGGUUGUGGCAGGUGGCAACGGCUGCACGGGAGGCAGCCAGGCAGUGGCUGCGGGCUAGAGAGAAGAACCGGCGGCGACUCUUCCCACCCACCCCAUUGCAAGCCCUUGCCCUCUCACUCGCUCGCCCAUCCUGCCACCAUGGGGACAGCCGGAUAGCAGGCAGCUAUCCCGAAGCAGCAGCAACUGCGGCAGCCUCCUCUUCCCGCGGCGAGGUGGUGCGUGGCUUCGGCCAGAGCUCCAAGGAGCUGGGCAUCCCCAUAACUGCCAGAACCACCAGCCAGUAAGCACAGCCUGCCGCUUUGCUGGAUGGCCGAUCGGGGCCCGCUCACCUCGCCUCGGGCUGCUGCUAGUUGGCUGCAGGCGGGGGUGGUCUUAUAUGGCGAGUAUAUCCCAAACUUUAUAUUUUUACAGGAAAAGUUGGGGGUCGUCUAAUAUGCCCAGUCGCCUAAUACUCUGGAAUCUAUGGUAGCAACAGGGAGUCAGUAGUGGGGAUGGUGAGGCAAAAGACCCUGGGCCCAACCAAACACAUAUGCAUAUUGUAUAAAGGUGCAAAGCCCUUGUUUUGCACCCUGUGAAACAGAAAUGCACAGCUUUUUAAAAAAACUGGGCAGUGUUGCGUCGCCUGCCCAUGCCUCCUGAACCUCCUCCGAUCUGUCAAAACAAAGGGGGAAGGGAGCAGGAGAUCUGCACUGCCGGACAUCCCUGGUUCCCCUUCGGCAGGUGGUGGCGGCAGAGAGCAGCUCCUGAAGCCAGCCAGAGCCAACCGCGCUACCAGGCUGGCUCUGGGCUGCCGAGGCUGCCACUGCCACGUUUCCCGGGGACAGAUUUGCAAAUCGGGGGAUAUUCUGAGGACAGAAUUUGUCCGGGGACAGAUUUGCAAAUCUGGGGAUGUCUGGUAACUCUACAUUAAACUGCAUCACAGCAUCAUGGAUGUAGGUGGUGGGGAGGUCGUGGAAGACAGGCUUCAUCUGAGCCCAGUUUCUCUUCCCAUACUUGUGAAAUGUUACAUGUCAAUACUUGGCUAAAAGCAGGCAUCUCCAAACUCGGCCCUCCAGCUGUUUUGGGACUACAACUCCCAUCAUCCCUAGCUAUCAGGACCAGUGGUCAGGGAUGAUGGGAAUUGUAGUCCCAAAAUGGCUGGAGGGCCGAGUUUGGGGAUGCCUGCCUUAAAGGAAUGUUAACUUCUCAAAGCCUUAAAAAAUGUCUGCCCCAUUUCUCCCUAGGUUCAUGUUUAUCUUGCUGGGUCCAUUAGGGAAAGGACAACAGUAUCAUGAGAUUGGAAGGUCAAUGGCUACCCUAAUGACUGAUGAGGUACAGUAAAAUACAAAAUAUAUUUUCACCCCUUUUGUUUGCAUUGCUUUGCCUUUCUGCCAUAAUUCGAGCUUCAGAAAGAAUGUCACAAUGAUAAGAGAAUAGGAAUGCAAAACUGUUGCUAGAAAUAUGAGACAUUUUGCUCAGGCUGCUACCCAUUUUGUGAAAUUCAAUUUUUAAAACAACAAAGAAGCAGAUACAUUAACAUUAUACAUUAGAAUAAACUAUAUGAGCAUUGUUUGCAACAGAUUAUUGAAAGCAUAUAUACUUCAAUGGUCAUCCAACCCAUUCUAUAUUCAACCAUACUCUUUUUUUGAGGGAGAAGCCUUUCAUGGCCUGGUAGAAGACUUUAUACCCCAACAGCCAGCAUAUUGCUCCCGCUUAUAAGAUAAUGCAAUGAAAAAUAUGUAAUGAAAAAUAUAAUGCAAUGACAAAUAUCUUGUUACCUAUUUUUCAGGACAAACAAACCAAUAGCUGAGAUUGCAAAUUAUUUAUCUGGCAAAACAUCAUGCAAAUUUCAUAUGGCUUUGUUGUUGUUGUAUGUAAUGUAACAGACUGAUGGCUUUGUCUUGAUCUCCUGUCUACAGAUUUUCCAUGAUGUUGCUUAUAAAGCUAGGAACCGUAACGACCUUUUAGCUGGGAUUGAUGAAUUUCUAGAUCAGGCGACAGUGCUACCACCUGGAGAAUGGGAUCCAUCAAUUAGAAUUGAGCCACCAAAAAAUCUCCCUUCCCAGGUAAAUAAUGACUUUCUUCUCCGGUACACUAGAACACGAUGGCUGUGUUUUUGGAAGCGAUGCCUUUGUACUCCAUAGGUUGGUCCUUUGAUUAGGUGGACAGCGUUAAUAGUGUAAUCAAAACCAUGUUACAUUUUAAGCCUUUCCACCUGUUUGUCCACACUAGGGCCCUGAAGCAGAGUCUGUUCAGCCUUUUUGGAACAUUGAACUAUAGGGGAAAGGCCCCUGUUGUCUCUCAUAUGCUAUUGCACAUGACGUACAGGAUUUGGCUUUUGGUACCUUUGUUGUAAACAUCAUUUUUUGAGAGUUUGUCCGAUGGAAACAAAUGACUUGCUGCAGGCUGAAACAAAAGGGAAAUAAUAUGGGUGGGGCUUUUUUUCUGUCCACCAUGAACUGAAAUAAUUGAGAACAUCUGGCUUUGUCUAACCCUUUUGUCUGGAAGGAGUUGUACUAUCUGUGACCUGCCAAGCUGAAUGCAGCUCACCAGUCAUGUAGCCUGUUAGAGGCCCUUCUUCUUCUUCUUCUUCUUCUUCUUCUUCUUCUUCUUCUUCUUCUUCUUCUUCUUCCUUGACUGUCUAGACCAGGCUUCCUCAACAUUGGCCCUCCAGAUGUUUUGAGACUACAAUUCCCAGCAUCCCUGACCACUGCUCCUGCCAGCUAGGGAUCAUGGGAGUUGUAGGCCAAAAACAUCUGGAGGGCCGAGGUUGAGGAAGCCUGGUCUAGACUGCUAAUGCACUUUUCAGAGCAGAAUACACUGAGUUGAGUUGGAGUGUUCACCUAUUAUGGUGGAAGAAUGUGGCCGACUUGGCUCACAUUUGUAGUCUUUUGUUGCAAAUUUGCGACUCCAUCACCCAUAUAUAGCUUUAAAUGAUUUCAGUCAUUCUCCCUUGCUGCCCUUUUGCCUAGAACCCCAUCUCAUUUCCUUCUUUCAAAUUCCACCCUACAGAAAUUAUGCACAAAGAUAAUGAACCCGUUGGGUGAUUGCUUCAGUGUCAGGACAGAGGACAGCCUGCCAUAAAUAUAGCAUGCCUUCAUAGGCAGAACACUGAUUGACUCAAUCCACUGUCUAUUGCUUCUUUCUUUCCUUAUUUUCACUUUCUUAGUUCCAUUGAAGCACAAAUGCUGUUUUCAUGUUUGGAUUGGCUCCAGUUACUUUCACUCAGUUAAUGAACUCUUCCUUGAUUCCUUGGAUAGAAAUUAAUGGGGUUGUUCAUAAUGUUCCCACUUUAUCAGGAAAAGAGAAAGUUACAGGGAACACCAGGAGCCCCUAAUGGAAGCAUUAGCCAAGAGGACGCAGAAGAUGAUCAUGGUGGGCCAGAACUCCAGCGAACGGGAAGGUAUGUUCUAGGUGCCUCAAAUGGUUUCUGCUAAAGGCCACCUUCCCUCUUCCAUAGCACUAGAGCUUGCAGAGUGUUUAUGGUCAUCCAACAAAAUUGGCAGUAGAUUCAAGGCAGACAAAAUAAACCACAAUUCUUCACACAACAGGUAAUUUAACGUAUGACCUUCACUGGCACACAAGUUGGUGAUACACAAGUACAACUUCUGUUUUUGAAACAUUGGUCCAGGUGGCUUUCAUAGCAUGGAGGGCCCUAGUCAGAAGGCUAGUUAGAAGUAUUAAGUGGCCCAGCAGUAAACCUCAUUACUUUUUUAUAGUGUAGAUUCAGAAGUCCGAAUGAUUCUAGCAAGUGCAGAUGCCCAUUUAUAAGUAAUGCCCAAAUUAGCCACAAUUCAGGCUGUCGUUUUGUGAAUUGGUCAUCUGGUUGCCUAUAGACAACAAUUUUAUAGAGGAUCAAGGUGGUGUGAUGAAGAUAUCAUCCUCCACUAUCUGCAUGUGUGUGCGUGUGAAAACACACCCACACACCCACACCUUUCACCCCACACUCAUUUGGGGUGAAAUAAGAUUUUUGCAGAACCUGACAUGAUAAUUGGAUGGGCACGACUGACACUACAAUCAUACCACUUUCAACUAUGCCUCUGUCCCUCUUUUGUUAACUCCCUUGUGGAAAUCAAAUGAUGUAUCUGCCCACCUUUUUCUUGUUGAUCUCCCUGUAUUUUCUUUGCAGGCUGUUUGGUGGCUUGAUCUUGGAUGUGAAACGGAAGGUUCCUUGGUACUGGAGCGACUAUAAAGAUGCUAUGAGUUUGCAGUGCUUAGCUUCCUUCCUCUUCCUGUACUGUGCCUGCAUGUCUCCUGUGAUCACCUUUGGGGGGUUGCUUGGAGAAGCAACAGAGGGAGAAAUAGUAAGAAAGUUCCCCCCUCUCCUUUCAUGUGUUAUGAAUAAUUCCUAGGUAGCAUUGCAAAAAAGCAGCAAGCAUUUAACUUAACUGCUGCUCUUCUACAUUUCAGGUUUGUGUGCUGUUCAGCAUUAAUAGAGCCAAUGUUUUUAUCUCACUGUGACAGACUUCAUCACUCAGUUUGUGUGGCCAGUGACACAUCUCUGAAGUUAUGGAAUUUUAUACCCCCAGGAGAAUGUGGCCUUCAGGUGUUCAUUUGUUAUAGAAGACACAUUCUCCAUAAUCUCUUUUAGAACAGAGGGUGAGGGUAUGUACUUAGGAUUCCUCACCUUGACAGAUGGCCUCUGAACACUUUUCAACCAUGCUUUGUAUUCAGUCAGAAAAUGCUCAGUGGUCGGACUUCCUUUUUAAUUGAUUUACUAGACUUAUAGACAGAAUGCAAUACUUAAAGGACAUUCAUGAGUCUGAAUAUAAAUUAAAGGGUGACAGUAAGUUGAUCCAUAAUAAUAAGGAGUGUGAGUGUGAGAAAGCAGAGGCUGAGGGCUAUUGAACCUGAAAACUGGUGCUAUUUGAAAUUGCUUCCUGAGCUAUCUAUCUCCACACAGUUAGCCUAUUUCUAGGGAAAGGGUGAUUUUUUUUUAUACUGCUGUAACUCCCCCACUCACCACAAACUGUGUUAAAAGAAAUAUGUGGUGGUGGUGAGACAAUCAAGCAAUCAUUGCAAAGAGAAUGCCGAAGACGCCAAAACACGGAGGCUGUUAUAUAGGUAUCUGAAUCUCUGAAAGUUCUAACUUCGCCUCCGCUGUAGAAUCUGGAGUUAGUUAGGUGAGCUGAAUGGACCAAUAGUCUGACUCAACAUGGCCACCCUUCUGUUUUUACCUGUUCACACCUGCAGAGUGCAAUAGAAUCCUUGCUUGGAGCCUCAAUGACUGGGGUGGUGUAUUCCCUCUUUGCUGGUCAGCCUCUCACCAUCUUGGGAAGUACUGGGCCGGUACUGGUCUUCGAGAAGAUUUUAUUCAAAUUCUGCAAGUAAGGCUAUGUGCUCUCUUAAGGGGCAAACAAUUUUUAUAGUUUGAAAAAAGGACGUGGAAGAGAGACAGAGACAGACAGAGACAGAGAGUCAGUCUGUCGGUCUGGUGAAUGGACCUAAUGUUUCUCCCCUUACCCCACUUCCCUACUUUGGUGUGAUCUGGGGCUAAUUGUGAUGCAUAGCAAGCCGAGGGGGGAAUGGAAAAUGGCAACCGCCAUGAUUUUGCUACUCAUGAUUUGCUAUGUUGUUCCCUAAGUUUUAUGUUGUGAAUUGCCCUGAUAUCUGUGAAUGAAUUUAAUAAAAUACUAAAAAUAAUGAAAAUAACUGGAGAGGGACAAUGCCCCCUCCUCUUUACUCUCACAGAAAUGGUUGAAUGCCAUCAACCAAGAUGCUGAAUUUUGGAAGUUCAAUUAUUUAAUUAAAUUAAUUUGUUUCCAGUCCUUCAUCACACAAUGUGGUCCACAUCCAGUGGAAAAGACACAUGCGGAGAGCCCUAUCCACAUGGCGUUGGGCCUCUAAACUUUAAAAAAGUGGCAGAAGAUAAAGCGAUGUCAUCUGCGAUUAAAAGGGUUCAUUGUGGCUGGAGAUAAUAUUUAUUACUGUGUGUAAUGAAUAGUCGAAUUCAACUGGACUUAACCGUCCAGGGAUCCUUUACCUUUACCAUUUAAGGAUGGUAGAGUUUGGCCACAAAGCAAAACAGAGUCAAUAGCAUUUUAGGAUCAUUUACUUAACUCUAUAUUGCAUCGCAGCUUUUUUCUGUUCUGAUUAUGGGUUUGAAUUAAAUACGUUCUGCAAUGGAGAGAGUCUAAAUUGGUCUUCUUCUUUUUUUUGCAGAGACUAUCACCUAAAUUAUCUCUCUCUACGAACUUGCAUUGGCCUGUGGACUACAUUUAUGUGCGUCCUCCUUGUAGCAACUGAUGCCAGCUGCCUUGUGUGCCACAUAACUCGCUUUACAGAAGAAGCGUUUGCCUCUUUGAUCUGUAUCAUUUUCAUCUAUGAGUCUCUAGAGAAACUGAUUAAGUUGGGGAAAACCUACCCAUUUCAUAUGCACACGGAUCUUGAUCAACUGAGCUUGUAUUAGUGAGUUACUGUUGCUCUCCUUGUUUAAAUGUAGCCUAUUGAUUUUUCUUUCGGUUUGUUUGAAUUCACUGUGUGCUCUGAGAAUGUCUGCUGCACAGAACUGGGAAGCAAAGGAAUUCCCCCCUCAUUCCAGCAAUGGUUAAGCAAAUACUAGUGCAUGAUAGAUUCACUGAAAUGACACGCCAUAAUAAAAAUACAUCUAGGUAUAUCAGCCCAUUCAUAUAUUGGAGGCAGUGGAGGAAAUAAUUUUAGUUGGAUGGAGCUCAUUUAGGUUUUUUUUAAAAAUGAUAUUUAUUGAGAAUUUAAAGUUACAGAGAUAAAAAAAGUAAAAGUAAAAACAAAACAAAAAAGAAAAGGAAUUAAACAAUACAAGUCAGUAAAAACAAAAAAGAAAAAAACAAAACACACAAUACAUCAAAACCAAAAACAAAAGCAAACAAAAAAUUUAAAAUCAAAUCCAAUAUUCCCAAAUCUUUAUCUUUCGUUAACUUGUUUCAUCGACCUCCCCACACCUCCCUUUUUUGUAUUCUAGUUAUUAAUUAUCUCAGCAAAUCCUUUCCAUCUUUCACUAUAUUCUGUCAUUAAAUUACCUUAAUUUAUUUUAACCUUAUCUUACCAUAAAAAGCCCUAAAGCUUAAAACUUAAAACUUAUUUAUACAUAAUUCCUUAUAGCAUUUCUACUAAAGCCAAAUAGUUUCAUUCCAGCAUUUUUUCUAACACUCAUUAAUUUUACAAUAAUUCUCUAAAUGAAUUUUUAAACUUUCUUCCAAUCUUCAUCCAUCGUCUCAUCUUCCUGGUCUCGGGUUUUGUCAGUCCUUUCUAUCCCUUCCAUCUAGUCCAUCAACCUGGUGACCUUCUAUCCGAGGCUCUUAAGUCUUUUCUAUGUCCCCUCUGCAGGUCUUCUUCAUGUUUAUACCUGCACUUUACUUUGUCUUCUGCUGAUCUUAUUCUUGAUUUCCUUCCUUUCUCACUGAGGGGUAGAUCUCGGGGAGACUCCAACUUGACAAUAUCUUUAUCCCUUCUCGACAGGUCAGCCCAUUCUCCAUAGUCAGCACUGAAAUCCAAAAAAUAUUUGAAGGCAUGUUUCAAAGUCCCUCCCAGGUUAAGGGCCCCCACAACUCCAAACUCCCCCUGGCCCAAAACCAGAUCCCAAAAGUCAAAGCAUCCCUGCAUAGGGGGAUCUAUCCAACUUCCCAUCUCCAAACCAAACAGUACUCCAUCUCUCCAAAUCUGACUUUCUCCAGGUUCAGUCGUCAGAAACAACAACUUAUGUUCCUGCAAGGCCUCUCUCCAUUUCUAUUACUUGAGGUUCAGCAGCAACCUCCUCCUUUGUCUUCUGCACAACUUGCCCUGUCAAAGCAAAUUCCUGGGUUGGUUCCUGAGUGGUUUCUAUAUAGGUAUUCACUGUUUGUCCAAAAUUGCUAACUGCAACAGUCAUCAAAUCCAUCUUCUCAUGUAGCUGUUCCAGUAAAGCGCUUGUCUUGCAAAAAACAAGCACUAAGGCUUCUUCUGGGCACAUUCUUGUUCAAGGUCAAUGUCUGGUUCCCACGAUCUUUAAUCUCUACAGCUGUAGAAUUCCCCAGAUCGACUCCAGCAACAGUUUCACAAGCUCCCUCUAGAGGAAACAAUUUCUGUUUGUCUUUUUAAAAGCAGAUCCCGCAACAAAAUUACUUUCGUUUUUCAGAUAUUUUGUUCCUUUUAAAUGCAAAAGGAAACAUUGGAAUCAAUAUGUUUCUCUUUUUUAACUAUCUGUCAAAAAACGUUUUAUUCACAGUCAAUGAACUUCUCCAAAGCGUCUGUCUCUGACACCCCGUUCCCAGGUUCAAGACGGUGGAAAUUUAUCUUUCUUUACUCUCUCUUCUGCAGGUUUAAACAAUCUAAGAUUUCCCCCCUCUUCUCCUGCUUCCAAGGGGGGUUUGGUAGUUUUAACUGAUGGAAAUUUAGUCCUUUACAAACGACUUUCCAGACUUUAGCUUGCAAUGUCUUUGCUUCAAUCUAUUUACAAAAGCGGAAGGCGGACUUCCUGUUUAGACCUUCCCGCUUCGGUGCCAAAUUAAGAUGUUUCAUAGUCCAAUUUUCCGUUCUACUCACGGGUAGUUGUUUAGAGUCCAAUUGUCCACAGGAAAAUGUCAGCGCUCUCCGGCAACAGCAAUGCGGCUUCACUCCGUGAAAAGAGCAGUCGAUUCGAAACACCACGCCGCUUACCCCACAUCGCUCCGGAUCCCCGAAACUGGGUUUCCCUGCGAGUAGGGGAGGCGCAAAAGGUGCCAGCCGAAUCCCACGUCCACAAGCUUCUCCCGCCUGUGGUUUUUAGUGGGUCUCCGCCUCGCCGUGGCGGUCCAGACCCUAAUUUCCACGAAGCGGAUUCCUCCCAGCCAGAGGAAAUCCGCCAUUGCCGGAGGCGCUAACCCGGAAGUCUGGAGCUCAUUUAGUGAAGAAGAUAACAGAGGUCAUUCAAAGGAUUUUUAUGCUGUACAGUUACACAUAUACACAGACCCACACUUUCUCUCUCUGGUAUGGAUAUUGGCAUUUUCAAUUUAUAAAGGUUAAUUUAUAAGCAUUUUGGGCACUUAUUAGCCAUGGCCCAUACUGUAGCAUAGGGUGCAUUCCUUGACCUAUUUCUCAAGGGUGUUGUUGUGUGUGCUGUUUAUUUAAUGGUUGUUAUAUCUGCCAGCACAUCUGUUCCAGGUGCAGCGUGCUGCAGCUGCUUGUUGUUGUUGUUAUUUUCAUACCCGCCCAUCUAGCUGGGUUGCCCCAGCCACUCUGUGCUGCUUCCAACAAAUAUAAAAACAUAAUAAAACAUCAAACAUUAAAAGCUUUCCGAUACAGGACUGCCUUCAGAUGUCUUCUAACAGUUGUAUAGUUAUUUAUUUCCUUGACAUCUGAUGGGAGGCGUUCCACAGGGCGGGUACCACUAGUGAGAAGGCCCUCUGUCUGGUUCCCUGUAAACUCACUUCUCACAGUGAGGGAACCGCCAGAAGGCCCUCGGAGCUGGACCUCAGUGUCCGGGCUGAACGAUGGGGGUGGAGACACUCCUUCAGGUAUACUGGGCCAAGGCUGUUUAAGGCUUUAAAGGUCAGCACCAAGACUUUGAAUUGUGCUACCCAUACUGUGGCAUAGGGUGCAUUCCUCAAGCUAUUUCUCAAGGGGGUUCUUGUGUGUCUCAUUUAUUUACUGAUUGUUAUACCUGCUAGCACUUCUGUUGCAGGUGGAGUCUGCAGGGAGGAUCAAGAAAGUGAAACUACAGUUCAGACAGGGAAUUAGGACCAUGGACAGCUCCAGAUUCUGGCUGCAUAUAGGCAGCAGCCAUUACCAGGCAGACUAGAAUAUUGCUCCAGCAAUGGUCUGGAGCUAACGGAAGCUUCAUACAGUGGACACACGGGUUGCGAUUUGGUGCUUAUGCACAUGUGCAAAGUGCGAUUUAGUGCUUCUGUGCAUGCACGACCGCCGAAAUCCGGAAGUAACCCAUUCCGGUACUUCUGGGUUUCGGCGGUCCGUAACCUGAAAAAACGCAACCUGAAGCGUCUGUAACCCAAGAUAUGACUGUAGUAAUGAGGAACUACCGGUUUGUAAAGUGGUCACAUGAUCCAUCCAGGCAUGGAAGUAAAGUCGAAGAGGGAAGGCAGGGCCACCAGUUCAGGCCAUGUAGUUAAAGGCAGUUCUGUUGAGUUUCUCCUCUCACGAAGGAUUUGGGCAGAACUAAGUCUCAAUUGUGGGAAUGAUUCCCAAGUAAAUGUUUUCUGAAUGGAGGUGCUUCCCACAAAUGGAACAAUACGGUUUUUGUGUUUUCCCCCACUCCAUCACAAAUGGAUAUGCCAUUUUGCUUUGGAAUGUAAACAAGGCUGUCUUUUGAGACAUUCUCAGGGUGCUUUAUUAACCGUUUCCUUUGCCUGUCAGCUGCAGGUGUUCAGCCCCAGUGAAUCCCAGCAAUGAGACCCUGAAGUACUGGAAAGAAAACAACAUCAUUCCUUCAGCCGUCACAUGGGCUAAUCUCACAGUCUCUGUAAGUCUAUGGUCUUUGCAAACCCGCCCCCAUUGGAGAUGGGUUGAUGUCUGUAGCACAGCAUUACCAAUUGAUUAGAUCAGCAUUUAUUAAACCAAUAAUAUUAGCACUUUUUUUUUUACAUGUGUACCCUUAAAGUUCUUGUCUACAAUUACUAUGAUCCUGCCUUUCCUCCAAGGAACUUUUCCAAGGAACUUCAUGGCUGUGUUCUGAUUUGAAAUUAGGCUUCUCUGAUCCUUGUCUGACACUCCCACUAAUUCACUACGUCAGGCAUCCCCAACCUUCGGCCCUCCAGAUGUUUUGGACUACAGUUCCCAUCAUCCCUGACCACUGGUCCUGUUAGCUAGGGAUCAUGGGAGUUGUAGGCCAAAACAUCUGGAAGGGAUGCCUGCACUACAUUAGCUUUCAGUGGGUUGCAGCAGAACUGUUGUAGUAAAAUAUGUACACUGGUACCUUGGUUUACGAACUUAAUAUGUUCCGGAAGUCUGUUCUUAAACCGAAACCAUUGUUAAACCACGGUGCACUUUCCCUAAUGAGGCCUCCCACUGCCAGUGCCCUUCCACCGUUUGGAUUCCAUUCUUAGACCGAGGUAAAGUUUGCAAACUGGGACACUACUUCCGGUUUUGCAGAGUUCGUAAACUGAAUCGUUCGUAAACAGGACUUAAACUGAGGUACCACUGUAUUUGCAAAAAGAAAAUAUGGAAACAUAGCAUUUUAAAAAUAAAAAGCAUGUUCCCUUCAUUGCUGGAGAAGAACUGUUUGAGAAAAAAAUGGUUUUGGCUUUUUGUUCACAUAUUACUGACAAGCCAAUUAAGUUUGAUGAACUGCUGACAGAGCCUGUCUGAACCUUGUUUAAGCCACUGUUUUAUUUAUUUGUUUCAACAAUUUCCAGCCUAUGUUAGUCAGUUUGGUUUAUUCUGUUUAGCAAGCAGCCUUUACACACAUAAAAUAAGAAUAAUAACAACAGGGAUACUGCUACUAAUAAUGAUUUACAUUUCUACUCCCUGACCCCUAAUGGAUAAAUCACUUCCCGUCCCCCCCCUCAAGUUUUGUUACACAAAUCUGUAAAGCCUUAACAAGAAAUUUAAAUGUUCUAAAGGAUAUACAGUGGUACCUCGGGUUACAUAUGCUUCAGGUUACAUACGCUUCAGGUUACAGACUCCGCUAACCCAGAAAUAUUACCUCGGGUUAAGAACUUUGCUUCAGGAUAAGAACAGAAAUCGUGCUCCGGCGGCGCAGUGGCAGUGGGAGGCUCCAUUAGCUAAAGUGGUGCUUCAGGUUAAGAACAGUUUCAGUUUAAGAACGGAUCUCCGGAACGAAUUAAGUACUUAACCUGAGGUACCACUGUAUAUCUCUCAACACCUGACAGCAAAAAACAGGUCUUUGAAAGAGACGACCUUCCCUUCUGCGAUUUUGGCAAUGGGCAUAGCUGUCAACCUUCCCUUUUUUUGCGGGAAAUUCCCUUAUUUCAGCGCUGUUUCCUGCAGCUUCCCGCUGCUAUCCCGGAUUCUUAGAUAUCCUGUAGACUGUCUCCGGGACAGGUGAGGAUGCUGAACCCUUAUUUUCAAAUCUGAAGGUUGACAGCUAUGUCAAUGGGUGGAUGUAAUUGUUUCUGAGAUCAUCAUAGAAACGGCACUCAAGCAGAAAAUGAGUUAUGCUUUCUAUUGAUACAGAGUUGCAGCCACAAAUUCUAUCCUUCUUUGGAACUCCUUUAUGUCGGCCAUUCCAGUCUGCUAAUGGAACGACAUUUAGUCUUGCCUGUGUGAAGGCUGACCUCAUUUUAACAUUUGGUAAAUCUGCCAGAUAUCUUGGCAGGGAUGGGUGCAAUGGGAUAAAAGAAGCAUAGAAUUUAUUCGAUUGACAGAUGUUGAUCUCAACCACUUGAGAUUGCAUCUCAGUGUCUCCCAGCCUUUCGAGUAUUAAUUAUUUAGCUCUCUCAAAACACUGCGUCACAAGAAAGGGGGCAGAGAGUCCCAAGCUUGUGGCAGCAAGCUGAAUUUCACGUUUCCACAAGUUGGGAGCCUUGUCUUCAAAAGUUUUCAUGAAAGAUUCUGAUAUCUGCUUAAAAAAUAGUUUUUAAUCCCAAAAGCAGAGCUAGUCUAAUGGCUUUGGCUUUAAUGGGCAUUACACUCAGUUCUGCACAGAGUAGUGCUAUUUUUGUAGAAAUGGGGACUAACAGGAGUCUGUGCGAAUAAUUAUUUUGAGCUCUCUGCAGUGAGUCUAAAUUGGCCAUGGCCCACAGUGGUGCUUCAUAUAACAACUUUGGCAACGCUCUGGUCUUAUAAACUUCUAAAGUGGGCUGAACCAAGUUGCCCCCUUUUGUACAGUGGAAUAGUAAUAGACCAUUUAAAGUUCUAUGAGCUAAUAGUGUGCUUGAUUGGACCUAUGCGGACUAUUUGCCUGUUCAUACAACAGUUUUAAGGGACGCAGGUAGCGCUGUGGGUUAAACCACAGAGCCUAGGACUUGCCGAUCAGAAGGUCGGCGGUUCGAAUCCCCGCAACGGGGUGAGUUCCCGUUGCUCAGUCCCAGCUCCUGCCAACCUAGCAGUUCGAAAGCACGUCAAAGUGCAAGUAGAUAAAUAGGUACCGCUCCAGUGGGAAGGUAAACGGUGUUUCCGUGCGCUGCUCUGGUUCGCCAGAAGUGGCUUAGUCAUGCUGGCCACAUGACCCGGAAGCUGUAUGCUGGCUCCCUUGGCUAAUAAAACGAGAUGAGCGCUGCAACCCCAGAGUCGGCCACGUCUGGGCCUAACGGUCAGGGGUCCCUUUACCUUUACCUUUACAACAGUUUUAAUAUUUGGGAAAGGCUUGUCUUUUGGAAGAGCUGUUGUGGCCUACUCUACUGGUUCUCUGGCAUCCAGCUCUAAUGCUUAGGACGUGUCCACACCAGUGUUCCUUAUUAUAUUUAAUGUCCUCACCCCUGCCUUGCCCUAACUUUUUUAAAGUAACUAUCUGAACCAUGACAUACUUGAACAUGGCCCAACUUUAUCAUGGUAUUAAAUGCCGAACACGUUCUGCAUGUUCAUGCCUCCACAUUUAAGGAUUGUGGGCUUGGGAUUCUCCCACCCAAGCAAUGUUGAAUUUGCAUAACAGCAUCCAUGCACCCACAGGCUGUUCUGCUGAAUAGUAGAGUAUCACAUUUAGCCCAAAUGGAGACUUUAUUUCAACUUCAUUUUGCCCAUUCUUACUUGGUAGGGAUUGCCAACCGAUGCCCACCUUGAUUGUUGGACUACAACUCCCACAAUCCUUGGCCCUUGGCCAUGCUGGUUGAGGAUGAGUGGAGUUGGGAGCCCAGCAAUCCGGAGAGCCACAUCUCCCCCCUGCUGCAAGUUUAGUAUUCAAAUUGAGCAGCCCUAAUUUAUUCAAGGGGACACGGGUGGCGCUGUGGGUUAAACCACAGAGCCUAGGGCUUGCUGAUCAGAAGGUUGGCGGUUUGAGUCCCCGUGACGGGGUGAGCUCCCGUUGUUCGGUCCCAGCUCCUGCCCACCUAGCAGUUCGAAAGCACGUCAAAGUACAAGUAGAUAAAUAGAUACCACUCCGGCGGGAAGGUAAACAGAGUUUCCGUGUGCUGCUCUGGUUUGCCAGAAGCGGCUUAGUCAUGCUGGCCACAGGACCCGGAAGCUGUACGUCGGCUCCCUCGGCCAAUAAAGCGAGAUGAGCGCUGCAACACCAGAGUCGGCCACGACUGGACCUAAUGGUCAGGGGUCCCUUUACCUUUACCUUUAAUUUAUUCAAAUGUUCAUUGCAUCUAAUAAUCACUGAUGUUACCAUGCCUGCUGCCUGGGCUUUCUUUUCAAUGCUUUGAUUACACUUGUUUGUUCAGAAAUGCCGGGAGAUGCUUGGAGAAUUCACAGGACCUUCAUGCGGCGUUGAUGGCCCUUUCACCCCGGAUGUUCAUUUCUGGUGCUGCAUUUUGUUUUUUACCACCUUUAUCCUGUCGAGUACGCUGAAGAAAUUUAAGACCAGUAGCUAUUUCCCAAAAAGAGUAAGUAGAUAGCAGCAGUGAGCACAGCAAAUUCAAACCCUGACAGGUGUAUGCUGUCUACCCUGUGUAACAAUGACUGGCUGAAAUAUUUUUCUCUGUUCUGCACAAUUACCACAUUACCCUGGUCACAUGAACAGGCUGGAUUAUUAUUAUUUUUUGGAGGGGAGGACUUUCUGCUUAUCUUCAACUCUACCCUGUGGGGUAAAUUAAGGCACCUGGCAUUUACCACGGGGAGGGCCAAAAGGUGGCCCUGUUUGUGGCCAGCAUCUGGAGCAGUGGCAAAGGAAAGACAUUGCUUCUCUCUCUUUCACAAUGGCAGAGUACAGAGUUAUAGCAGAUACAAUAAGCAGCAGCAGGUGAGGGUCAGGUAUUAUGGAGGGGAAAGUUAGGGUUGCCAUAUUACGGAGAGCAAAAAAGAGGACACAUUUGCCAACUUCUACUUUUUGCUAUGGAUCGCUAUGGCGACUCUCAUUUUACAUACCCAUGAGAAAGAGGGUGUGUCCUGGAAAAAGGGGACAUGUGGCAAAGUGGCAGUGAGGUUGGCAUUCUGCAGACAAGCAGGCAGACCCAAUCCAGUGCUCUUGCUGGUGUGUUUGCACCAUGAUGACCUUGCCACCGCCUCCCCUCCCCUCCUACUUCCUGGUCAACAACAGAAAUGUGACUGACAGGAGACCAGGUAAACAGAGGCACCUCACCUCACUAUGCCAUUUGCUACUGCGUGCAGAGACUUUGGGCUGCAUGAAGGAACUAAUGAACUAAACGAGACAUUUUACUUGCUUGGGUUGUGUGCUCAGCUUUUACCUGCAUUUUGAGUUGUAAUCUGGAUUCAGAUAGACAAAGCGUUUUCUGUGAAUGUUGCCCCACCUAGGUUAGUAUUGUAACCUCCCCAUCUGCCCUUGCAGUAUGUGGCUUGGCCCUCCUGUUUUUAGGGCAUUUUUGAGCACCCACCUAUUCUUGCCUUCUGCUAACUUAUUUAAUUAUGCAUUUUUUUUAUUUAUGCAUUUACACCCCACCCGUCUUCCGAGGUGGCGUGCACAAUUCUCUGCCUCCUGUGAGAUGGGUUAAGCCGAGAGAAAGUGAUCAUCCAGGGAGCUUCAUGGCUGAGUGGGAAUUUGAACCCUUCCUCCAAGGUCUCAGUCUGACACUCUAACCACUACACCACAGUGGCUCUCAUACUGCAUUGUGUUCUUGCAUUAAUUUGCAAAUAGGAUAGUGUGCAAACAGUCCUGCAUUGCGGUGAGGUGGCUUAACUCACGGCUUUCUGGCCUGCAGUCCUUUUCAGCCCCUGUCUCAGCCAUCUGCAUACUAAUUAACCUGCUAAGUGCUCUGAUAACCAACAUAUAUCCUCUUGCUGAGCCCUCUCUUGCUUUUUCUUUGCAACAGGUUCGUUCAACAGUAGGUGAUUUUGCUAUUUUCAUUACCAUUGCUAUCAUGGUUCUAAUUGACUACUUAGUUGGAAUCCCAUCACCAAAGCUACAUGUUCCCAGGGUCUUCAAGGUAGGCACCUUUCUUUUGAUGAUAGAUUUGAUGUGGCUUCUUAAGUGCAACUAACUUUUUGGUGUGGAAAAUAAGGGAUGUCUAUGUGAUUGGGGCAGAAGAGGACAGCACCAUACCAGGUUCUGUCUGUGUUCUGGAGGAGAAUUAAUAUUUCAUAGCUAAAUGUGCAUAGGGGGAACUGAGGUUUGGGAGUUGUGUUUACUAUUUUCAGUGGAUGGGGCAGAGAGAUGCAGCUAGGUAAUUUUAGACUCUGGGCUUAAAUGUCUUAGACAUCACCAGGAUAGUAAUGUGUAUCACUACACUUACUUCAAAAUGUAGUAAGUCAUCCCUGCAGUAUUCCUAUACCUUUUGCUGAGAGGGGCCCUGGACAUCUGCCCCAAUUGGGCAUAGGUAGAUUACAGGACAAUGAGGCAAGGUGUAGAGUACAGGAGGCGAGAGGAAUUCAUGGCUUGAAAUAAGCAGGUGGGUGUUUAAAAGCAGAGUGGGAAGCAGAAAGAUAUAAUAAUAAUAAUAAUAAUAAUAAUAAUAAUAAUAAAUAAAAUUUAUUUAUACCCCGCCCUCCCCAGCCAAGACAGGGCUUAGGGCGGCUAACAACCGAUAUAAAAACAAGUUGAUUGAAAUACAACUAAAAAACAAGAUUAAAAUACAACAUUAAAACAUUAAAAUGCGGCCUCAUCACAGGAGGAGAAAGGAAAAAAGAAAGAGGGGGAGGGAAUCAAAUUGAUUUCAAGCCAAAGGCCAGGCAGAACAACUCUGUCUUACAGGCCCUGCAGAAAGAAAUCAGAUCCUGCAGGGUCCUGGUCUCAUGAGACAGAGCGUUCCACCAGGCCGGAGCCAGUGUUGAAAAAGCCCUGGCUCUGGUUGAGGCUAAUCUAACUUCCUUAGGGCCCGGGACCUCUAGGGUGUUACUAUAUAUGGACCCUAAGGUCCUCCGUGGGGCAUACCGGGAGAGGCGGUCCCAUAGGUACGAGGGUCCUAGGCCUGGAAGCAGAAAGAUGAAAGCACUGAAGAAUUGUGGAAUUGGAGGAAGCAUUGAUUGAAAUAGAAGUUGAAGGUUCUGUUGUCCAGUCAAGGCAGAAGAGACACUGUGGAAACAGGCAAAGGUUGCGGACAGUCCCAUCAUAACUGAAAAUGCUUGAAAGAUGCUUGUGCAUGGUAAAAUAUUUGUGUCUUGCCACCUUAAGAAAAACACCCUAAGGGUGGAUUCAGGGGACCAUGUUUAUUCUUCUCUGCAAUUAACGUUUUGCUUUGCGAAACCUAAUGCCCUCUGCUGAACUUGGCAUGUGGCUCCACUCCACAUUCCCUAAAGUGGUGUUAUUCAAAUGUCCUCCCCAUCACAGUGCUAAGGAACCCCAGCAUGGCCAGCUGUGGGAUCCCUACAUGUUGCGGAUGAAUCCUGAGCUUUUUCUGGAGUAUAGUGGUACCUCUGGUUGUGAACGGGAUCCGUUCCAGAGCCCCGUUCGCAACCUGAACAGAACGCAACCUGUGUCUGCGCGUCUGCGCAUGCGUGGGUCGUGACUCACCGCUUCUGCGCAUGCGUGUGACAUCAUUUUGUGUGUCUGCGCAUGCACGAGUGGCAAAACCCGGAAGUAACCCUUUCUGGUACUUCCAGGUUGCCGAGGGACGCAACCUGAAAAGACGUAACCCGCAGCGUUCCCAACAUGAGGUAUAACUGUACACAGUUCAAGAAUCCUCUCCGGGUGUGUGUUAUAGGGAAAGAUCAGUAAUGGUGAAUUGGCUGUCUUUUGGGUCAUUUGCCUGCCAUUAACCACCUUCUCAUUGAGAACCUCCACUAAUUUUCUGAGGGUUUCCCAUUGUUGCUAGGAUCAAAGUUUGAAAACCACUGCCUAUGAGUAUUGUUACUAGUCAAAAGUAACCAAUCAGGAUUACUGACUGCAGGGGUUGCUGCAUGGCUUAUAAAAUACAGCACCAGAGUAUGUCUUCUAUCCUUUCUUUCUCUUCCCAUACCUCUCUCUGGUUCCCCAGGCCUCUUGUUGUAUUGUAGCCUUCUCCAGCCAGGUGCCCUCCAGGUGUUUUUGAUGGCAACUUCCCUAUUUUAUUUAUUUUAUAUUAUACAGUAUUUACCAAUAACAUUGUGCCUGUUAUCAUAUUUAGUACAUCCAAGGUUGACAAUUGAUCUCUUCUAUAUUGACUACGGGACAUGGGUGGCGCUGUGGUCUAAACCACUGAGCCUAGGGCUUGCCGAUCGGAAGGUCAGCGGUUCGAAUCCCCGUGACGGGGUGAGCUCCCGUUGCUCGGUCCCAGCUCCUGCCAACCAAGCAGUUUGAAGGCACGUCAAAGUGCAAGUAGAUAAAUAGGUACCACUCUGGCGGGAAGGUAAAUGGCAUUUCCGUGUGCUGCUCUGGUUUUGCCAGAAGCGGCUUAGUCAUGCUGGCCACAUGACACGGAAAAACUGUCUGAGGACAAACGUCGACUCCUUCAGCCAGUAAAGCGAGAUGAGCGCUGCAACCCCAGAGUCAUUUGUGAUUGGACUUAACUGUCAGGGGUCGUUUUUAUAUUGACCCCAGUAUAAAAUGCACAUUGCCCAAUUAAGAUGGAACUUCCAUAAUCUCUGGCUAUUGGCCAUGCUGGAAGGGGCUGAUGGGAGCUGGAACUCAACAGCAUGUGGAAGGCGAUGGAUUGAGGAGGAGUGCUGUAUUGCAUGGAUCAAGUUGGUCACUAUAUUGACAAGAGAAGUAGUUACAGUGGUACCUUGGAACUUGAACAUAAUCCGUUCCGGAAGACCAUUCGACCUCCGAAACGUUCAAGUUCCAAGCCGCAGCUUCUGAUUGGUUCUUGCUCUCAGUGGAAGCUGCAUCGGAUGUGUGAGUUCCGAGGGACGUUCGAAAACUGGAGCACGUCCGGGUUUUCGGCUAUCGGGAACCAAAACGUUUGGCAAUGGAGCCGUUCGAGUUCCGAGGUACCACUGUAUUUCAUAGGGCAUAGGCCUAUUGCCAGGAUAUGUGUACCUGAUUUGAUGAGUGUCUCAAAACUGUGAAUCCUUAGGGUCAUAUCAAAAUGUCUGACACCCCAAGCAUAUGGAGGGCAUUUUUAAAUUUAGGACGGGGAGCCGUAGGCAAGGCUGUUGUGCACCAUGCUGUGACAUUCUAGAAUUUUCAGGACAUCAAGAAGAAUAGCAGCUGAGACUGGGCAGUGCACAAACCCUGUGUAUUAUUCUGCAGCCAACAAGAGACGACCGUGGGUGGCUCAUUAGUCCAGUUGGUGACAAUCCCGGGUGGACAGUAGUAGCAGCUAUCAUCCCAGCUCUGCUCUGCACCAUAUUGGUAUUUAUGGACCAGCAGAUCACUGCAGUUAUUGUGAACAGGAAGGAACAUAAGCUUAAGGUAAUGGUAUACUUUGCUUGUUGAAGUCUGCAAUACUUUUAUUUCUGUUACUAUGAUAUGAGAAGUAUAAUCAUGCUGCCUACUAGGACAGCAGCAUUGUGAUGGCAUUAAAAGGCUCAGAUGAAAGACACUUAGUUGUGUUCUUUCAUUUCCGUGGGUCUGCUCCGAGUAAAACUUAGUUGAAUGCCACCCACUGGUUUUAAUCAGCGCUUUGGUCCCAUUGCAAUUAGUAGCACAUUAGACUAAUGUAAGCCUCAGUGAUUUUAAUGGGACUAAAACAUUACUACUCCCAUCCUUAGCUGGGAGUAAAUCUCAUUAAUGUCAAUGGGCCUUGCUUCUGAGUAGGCAUGUUUAGGAUUGCAGUGUACAACUGGAUGUACCUCUUGCUUGCAGGUAUUUUAUAUAUUCUUUGUCAUCCUAAUCUUCAGGUUUGGAGAAGUGAACAUUUCAUGCUACUACAUUUUUGCAAUGUAAUGAAUAAAAACUGUUCUUCCACUCAAUCAAAUGCCUUCCUGACACCCAGGAACACAUAAUCAUGCUUGUUUCUGUGGAUAUUCACUUUCAGCAAUUACAUUUAUUCCUUUUCUCAUAUUGUGAACUGAAGCCCAACUACUUCUAAACUCUGAUAGUGGAAAAAUUCUGCAAGUGGCCAAUAUGACCACUUAUUUUAUUUUAAAAAUAAGAGUGAAUUUUCAUCUUUUCAAGUAUUUGAAAAAUGGGAACAUGUCUGAUAAUUAUUUAAGAAUUCUGUGAUACGUAUUAGUCUUACAAAAAUCUGUUAUAAAAUUGCUAGGAAACCAGCAGUUUAUUGGGUUGUUCCAAUAAACAGAUAACCUGUCUCACGUUUUCUUCCAUAGGUAGGCUGUUUAACAUAACCUCAUCUGCACUGCUAAUUUUGGGUAUAUCACAAACAAAUGCCCUCAUUAGAUCUAAGUUAUCUGAUGAAUAAACGGCUUUAUAAAAUUCAAAAGGCAAAGUUACAAUUUCUUUUUUUUGUUUUGUUUUUAAUAAUCUCUUUCCCUGUUCUAAAUUAAUCAAGGUGGUAAUGUUCUUCUUUUGUUUGUCCACAAACUUACUAGCAAACUUACUUAUCAGCUUUAUUGCCUUUCUUGAAAUAGGUCGGCUUAGUAAAUAAGCAGAGAUCUUUCUGCUUUUAAAAUAACUUGCAAAACCCAACAGUUUUCUAUUGACCUCCCAGAAGAUCUCAGGGUUUAGGAAAAUAAAUAUGGGAGAAAGUAUGUUCUCUAACAGAUUGUGUGUGUGUGUGUGUGUGUGUGUGUGUGUGUGUAGUUUUAACUAGUUCAAAGUACUGCCAAAAGUGAAAGAAUCUUGCAUCUGACAGAGGUUGGAUAAUCUGCUUCUUACCUACUAUCAUCUUCCAUGGUAUGAAGAACUGGGGCCUGACCUUUGCCAUCAGGUGUCCUGUGACUUCUGUUGCAUUUCAGGCAUGUGACAAACCUUUCUCUAGAACUUGUUAGUAUUUGAUAGCUCUCUGAAUAUAUAAGCUUCUAGCUGCCAUCUGCUAAUGACUUAUAUCUCCACAGAAAGGGGGCGGCUACCACUUGGACCUUCUAACGGUGGGCGUCAUGAUUGGUGUGUGUUCAGUGAUGGGGUUGCCUUGGUUUGUUGCUGCUACCGUUCUUUCCAUCAGUCAUGUCAACAGCCUCAAACUGGAGUCCAGCGUGGCAGCUCCUGGAGAGCAACCUAAAUUCCUGGGCAUACGUGAGCAAAGAGCUACCGGAUUGAUGAUUUUUGUACUAAUGGGCCUCUCGGUUUUCAUCACUAGUGCGUUGCAGGUAAAAGGAACUUUCAAUAUGACAAUAGCCCCAUUUUUGGGAAAGCGCUGAAAUUAGAUGGUGUUGGUUUUAAUAUGAGAAACCAGCUUUGGCAAUAGCAAUUAACUCUGGAUUUCUGUUCCAAAAGUGCACUUAUGGUAUUUGCAGAAUGUGUUUUGGAGAGAUGGCCUCAUUAAAUGGGGGCUUUAUUUCCUUCUGCUCCUCAGACUAUAGGUACCUAGAGCACAGUUUUUUCUGCAUAAAGUUGGAGCCAGAUAAUUCUCUUAUACCCCAAAUAGCAAAAAGAUCCUUUCUCUCAGCUCCCAUGGGCUACUAAAUUGACAUGUAGACAAUUGCACAGUUAGACCCUAAUAAGUGUUAGGAUUGCGGCCUAAGUCUUUGCUCAGUCUGCAUUUCAUUGACAAGAUAAGGGUUGGAAGAGUUGCCAGGAGAUAUCACAGAGGCAGGGAGGAGAGGCUGAGAAGGCAGAUUUAGGCUUUCUUGGUGGGUCAUUUUAUAUUAUUUGCCAAUACAAUGACAGCUAGGAACUGUGCUUCAAGAGCUAGAUGCAUCCUAUUAAGUGUGCCCCACAAAUAAAUAUAUAACUCAUCUGUUUGUAAUGCACAGUUUGCUGCUUAUUAGUUAUAGUUGUCUCUAUUGACUUUUUACAACCAAGCCUUUAUGCUUUAUGAAUUUUGUACUAUGCUUUUAAAUGCUGUUUUUACUGUUCUUGGAUGCUGUUUGGAGUGUUGUUUUGGCAGAAGGUAUGGUGUAUAAGUGCUUGAAGUGAAUGAAUAAAUGAAUAGUGGAAUGAUGUGUGUACUCCUUUUCCAGUUUAUACCUAUGCCUGUCCUCUAUGGAGUGUUCCUGUACAUGGGUGUUUCUUCGCUGGACGGAAUUCAGGUAUGCAAUUUUACUGACUAAAAGGAAUUGCCAAAAAGAGGCAGAUCAACACAAUGUUGUUGUUGUUUAGUCAUUUAGUCCUGUCCGACUCUUCAUGACCCCAUGGACCAGAGCACGCCAGGCACUUCUGUCUUCCACUGCCUCCCGCAGUUUGGUCAAACUCAUGCUGGUAGCUUCGAGAACACUAUCCAACCAUCUCAUCCUCUGUCGUCCCCGUCUCCUUGUGCCCUCCAUCUUUCCCAACAUCAGGGUCUUUUCCAGGGAGUCUUCUCUUCUCAUGAGGUGGCCAAAGUAUUGGAGCCUCAGCUUCGAGAACACUAUCCAACCAUCUCAUCCUCUGUCGUCCCCUUCUCCUUGUGCCCUCCAUCUUUCCCAACAUCAGGGUCUUUUCCAGGGAGUCUUCUCUUCUCAUGAGGUGGCCAAAGUAUUGGAGCCUCAGCUUCACAAUCUGUCCUUCCAGUGAGCACUCAGGGCUGAUUUCCUUAAGAAUGAAGAGGUUUGAUCUUCUUGCAGUCCAUGGGAGUCUCAAGAGUCUCCUCCAGCACCAUAAUUCAAAAGCAUCAAUUCUUCGGCGAUCAGCCUUCUUUAUGGUCCAGCUUUCACUUCCAUACAUCACUACUGUGAAAACCAUAGCUUUUACUAUACGGACCUUUAUUGGCAAGGUGAUGUCUCUACUUUGUCUCAACACAAUACACAUUAGAAAAAGCAGUCUGGAAAUGUUCCACCAUCUCUUAAAGGAAGAACCUUCUUCUUUCCCCUAUUUUUCUUUUCCUCUUUUUUUACCCCCCUCCCCCGAAUAUCACUUUCACUAUUCCAUCUUCCACUUCCACUCAUCCUUUCCCUUCCUUUCCCUUCACUCCUUCACACUAUGUGGUACCCCUGCCUUGCUUCCAAGGAACUUGGGCCAGUAUAUGUGACUCUCCUCCCAUUUUAUAUUCACAACAUCCUGGUGACGUAUAUUCUAUAUCAGGGAGGGAGUUGGAAUUAUUGUAGGUUAGACUGAGAGAUGGUAUCUGGCCCAAGAUAAGCUUCAUGGGGACCUAGUCAAACACUCUAGACAGCAUAGGCAUAGUUAUGUCUCGUGUUCUUCUUUUUUUAAAAAUGAUAUUUAUUGAAAGUUUAAAAUUACAGAAAAAAGUGUAAAAAAAAGAGAAAAAGAGAUUAAACAAUACAAGUCAAUACAUAUAAAAAAGGAAAAAAAAGAAAAAAAAGAACAAAACACACAAUACAUCAAAACCAAAAACAAAAGCAAAAAAGUCAAAAAUAGAUCCAAUAUUUCCAUAUCUUUGUUUUUCAUUAACUUGUUUCAUCGACCUCCUCACACCUCCCUUUUUUGUAUUCUAGUUAUUCAUUAUUUCAGCAAAUCCUUUCCAUCUUUCACUAUUUUCUGUCAUUUAAUUGUCUUAAUUUGUUUUAACCUUAUCUUACCAUAAAAAACCCUAAAACUUAAAACUUAUUUAUACAUAACUCCUUAUAACAUUUCUACUAAAGCCAUAUAGUUUCAUUCCAACAUUUUUUUAACACUCAUAAAUUUUACAAUAUUUCUCUAAAUAAUUUUUUAAAACUUUCUUCCAAUCUUCAUCCACCGUCUCUUCACCCUGGUCUUGGGUUUUGUCAGUCUUUUCUAUCCAUUCCAUCUAGUCCAUCAACCUGGUGAUCUCCUGUCCGAGGCUCUUAACUCUUUUCCAUGUCCCUUCUGCAGAUCUUCUUCAUAUUUAUACCUACACUUUACUUUGUUUUCUGCUGAUCUUGUUCUUAAUUUCCUUCCUUUGUCACUGAGGAGUAGAUCUCAGGAAGACUCCAACCUAACAAUGUCUUUAUCCCUUCUCAACAGGUCAGCCCAUUCUCCAUAGACAGGGCCAAAAUCCAAGAAAUAAUUCAAAGCAUGUUUCAAAGUCCCUCCAAAGUUAAAGGCCCUCGCCACUCCAAUCUCCCCCUGGCCCAAAACGAGAUCCCAAAGGCCGGAACAUCCCUGCAUAAGGGGAUCUUUCCAACUUUCCUUCUCCAAUCCAAGCGGGACUCCAUCUCUCCAAAUCUGGCUUUCUCCAGAUUCGGUCUUCAAAAGCAACAGCUUAUGCUCAUACAAGGCCGAGGCUCUCUCCACUUGUAUUACUUGAGGUUCAACAACAUCCUCCUCCUUUGUCUUCUCCACAGCUUGCCAUGUCAAAGCAGAUUCCUGGGUAGUUUCUUUAUAAGUAUUCACUUUUUGUCCCAAAUCAAUCCUUUUUUGUCCAAAAUUGUCAAUGCUAGUAGUCAUCGCAUCCAUCUUCUCAUGAAGCUGUUCCAAUAAGGCACUUGUUUUGCAAAAAGCAAUCACUAAGGCUUCUUCUGCCCACAUUCUUGUCCAAGGUCAAUGUCUAAUUCUCACGGUCUUUAAUCUCUACAGCUGGAGAAUUCCCCAGAUCCACUCCUGCAACAGUUUCAAGAGCUCCUCUAGGGAAACAAUUUCUAUUUGUAUCCGUCUUUUUAAAAGCAGGUCCAGCAACAAAGUUAACAAAGUUAAUUUCGAUUUUCAGAUAUUUUGCUCCUUUCAAGUGCAAAAGGAAACAUUGGAAUCAAUAUGUUUCUCUUGUUUAACUAUCUGUCAACACACGUUUUAUUCUCAGUCAAUGAACUUUCCCAAUACGUCGCUCCCUGGCAGCCCGUUCCCAGGUUCAAAACGGUGGUAAUUUAUCUUUCUUCACUCUCUCUCCUGCAGGCUUAAACAGUCUAAACUUUCCCCCUCUUCUCCUGCUUCCAAGGGGGGUUUAGUAAUUUUAGCCGAUGGAGAUUUAAUCCUUAACAAAAGACUUUCCAGACUUUAGCUUGCAAUGUCUUUGCUUCAAUCUAUUUACAAAAGCGGAAGGCGGACUUCCUGUUUGGAACCUUCCCGCUUCGGUGCCAAAUUAAAGAUGUUUAGUAAUCCAAUUUUCCGUUCUACUCACGGGUAGUUGUUUAAAGUCCAAUUGGCCACAGGAAAAAGUCAGCGCUCUCCAGCAACAGCAAUGCGGCUUCACUCCGUGAAAAGAGCAGUCGAUUCGAAACACCACGCUGCUCACCCCACAUCGCUCCGGAUCCCCGAAACUGGGUUUCCCCGCGAGUAGGGGAGGCGCAAAAGGUGCCAGCCGAAUCCCACGUCCACAGGCUUCUCCCGCCUGUGGUUUUUAAUGGGUCUCCGCCUCACCGUGGCGGUCCAGACCCUGAUUUCCACGAAGCGGAUUCCUCUCGGUCAGAGGAAAUCCGCCAUUGCCGGAGGCGCUAACCCAGAAGUCCCUUAUGUCUCGUGUUCUUUACCUGGGUGGGAGUUGGUUGUUAUGCACCUGUGUUGAAGCCUUGAAGUUGGCAAAGGCCCCUGAAGGUUGCAGUGUUCCUCUCUGUGCAGCAGACACAGAUUGCCACAGAUGUAGAAGGGAUCCUUUCUUGAAGGAGCAUCUUCACUCCCAUUCUUCAGGUCGGACACUGAGGUCUAGCUCCAAGAGCCUUCUGACUGUUCUCUCAUUGCAAGAAGCCAAGUUACAGGAAACCAGGCAGAAGGCCUUCUUGGCGACUGCCCUAUGGAAUGCCCUUCUGUCAGAUGUCAAAGAUAAAUAAUUAUGCAACCUUCUGAAGACAUCUAAAGGCAGUCCUGUAUCAGGACUCUUUUAAUGUGUGAUGUUUUGUUGUUUAUCUAUAUUCAGUUGGAAGCUGCCCAGAGUGGCUGGGGCAACCAAGACAGGUGGGUGGGGUACAAAAAAAUAUUAUUAUUUAUUAUUAGGCCUCCCCAACUGUAGCAGCUCACAGCAUUAAUAAGAGCACAACAAUAAAACAAUACACAGCAUCCAGUGCAUUGAAAGCACAGCAUUCAAAACAGUACAGAGAUAUUUUGUAACACAUAUAAUAAUAUUAAUUGUGUAUGUCUUAAUUGCUCCUCUUCUCCUUGUUUUGCAUUUUUUUCCAGAUGUAUAACAAGUCUUAUUGUAGUGGGUUUUUGCCCUUCGGAUCUAACACAAGGUUGUAGAAAUGGCUUGAAUUUCAUUUUUGUUGUCAGUAAUCUCAAACCUCUGAUGUAACACUGCACAGUCUGUUCUGCCAAAGAUUAGGAUAGUGGAGUCUGCUUGACUGGGGCGAAUGGGGCACUCCCCUCUGCAACCUCAGCCAGUCCCAACCUGCUUGCCUUCUUACUUACAAUCAUUCCAGGGGGUAGCAUGGCUGGUCAGUUUCAUCGUCAUAGUGAUGCCUUUGCAGGACUCAGCAGAGAGGAGGCUGGGGAAAAAUCUAGAAUUAGUUUGUUUUGCCUUUCACUGGCUGUGUUGGUUUCUCAGCCUCCCACAUUUGUGCCUUUCCAACACUGUGCAUAAAAAUAAAGGCUGCUUCAAACACAGUGUUGACACCGCAAGUUCCAGUGUGUGUGAAAGAGACAAAACAUGGUUUUUUGGGGAAAAGGUGUCUUGAGUGUAUAAUUUUUUUUAAAAUCUCAAAGUGGUGAACAAACAAAAUAUCAAAAUAAAACAUUACAAAUGAAAGUAAGCAUAAAAUACACAUUUAAAGAAACAUAAUUAGCAAGAAAGCAAAUGUUAUCUUAAACGUAUACCAAGAAAGAUACAGCAAAACUAUACAUUUACAGCGUUAUUAGCAACCAAACAAAAUGGCUGAAACAGAAGCUGCACCCACACUUCUAACUUGCACAGUAACAUCUCCAGUCAGCAGUGUUGCUGCUGCUUGUCAGGAGGUAGAGGGGCAGGCGAGAGGCGGUAGUGAGGUUGGCAUGGUGCAAACGCACUGAAAGGAGUGCUGGAUGGGCUCCACAGGUGCGUAUUCACUGUGCUGACCUCAUAAAUGUCUCGCCCUUUACCCUGUACUUCCGGGUAAGCAGCAGCAACGCAAUGGAGGUCAGGGGAGAGGCAGCAGCCUACCAUGCCUUCUGCCAAUGAAUGGGCUGCUGCUCCCUGCCUUUGGCAAAGCGUGGCUUUCUUGCCUUUCAAUGUGACAGAAAUCCCUUUUAUUUAUUAAUAUGAGAUAAGAACUGGAAGACAGGGAAUCAUUUCCUAAUAAAAUGGAAAGCACAUUCUAGUGAAGAUUAAUAUUGCUUUCAAGGUACACCCACACGUUAAAGGCGUUUUGCAUCUGUGUCUUGUGUGGAAAAUGCCCUUAGCUAUUUUAUGCGGGUUUGUGUAAGGUAGUUCAUGAAGUAGGCACUCUAUAGUAAUUUAUGCCUUGUUUCAAAUGCUUGAUUUAUUCUGUUGUAUGCUCUCCCUAGUUCUUUGAUCGCCUGAAGCUCAUUGGAAUGCCAACCAAACACCAGCCGGACUUCAUCUAUCUCCGACACGUUCCAUUGCGAAAAGUGCACCUCUUCACUGCCAUCCAAAUGACCUGCCUCAUUCUUCUCUGGGCUAUUAAGGCAUCUCGUGCUGCUAUUGUCUUUCCCAUGAUGGUAAAAACCUAUAACUUAAGGCUGAAUAGGCCAUAAUGUUAUCACGUGGACCGAGAUUGCAUCUGUAAAAAUUGGCCUGCGUUUUGUGUCUUACUGCUGUUAAAAAGCCCCUUUUAUUAAUGGGAAUUCUGUUCCCCAAAUGGCUUUUGUAUCCUCAGCAUAUUUGGUUACACAGUAUUUAUAAGCCAGUGUGCAAAGUGGAUAACAGAAGUCAAACCAGAAGGCAGGUUUGUUGUUGUUUAGUCGUUUUGUCGUGUCCGACUCUUCGUGACCCCAUGGACCAGAGCACGCCAGGCACUCCUGUCUUCCACUGCCUCCCGCAGUUUGGUCAGACUCAUGCUGGUAGCUUUGAGAACACUAUCCAACCAUCUCGUCCUCUGUCGUCCCCUUCUCCUUGUGCCCUCCAUCUUUCCCAACAUCAGGGUCUUUUCCAGGAAGUCUUCUCUUCUCAUGAGGUGGCCAAAGUACUGGAGCCUCAGCUUCACAAUCUGUCCUUCCAGUGAGCGAAGGCAGGUUAGCCAGCCACAAUUUAACCAAAUUGGAAGGGAUGGAAGGUGUCAGUAAAAAGGUAAAGGGACCCCUGACCAUUAGGUCCUGUCAUGACUGACUCUGGGGUUGCGGUGUUCAUCUCGCUUUAUUGGCUGAGGGAGCCGGCGUACAGCUUCCGGGUCAUGUGGCCAGCAUGACUAAGCCGCUAGGUUGGCAGGAGCAGGGACCGAGGAAUGGGAACUCAUCCCAUCGUGGGGAUUCAAACUGCCGACCUUCUGAUCGGCAAGUCCUAGGCUCUGUGGUUAAACCCACAAUGCCACCCGCGUCCCUAAGGUGUCAGUAGUACCACCAGAAAUAUAAAUAUGGACUCUGAUCUAACAUCUGACUGCAGUCCAGUUCAGAUAGUUGGCAGUAGUUCCAAUCAGCCUAAUUUUUUUUUUUUUUUUAUUUUUUUUUGGGGGGGAGAUUCAAUCAGUUCCUUGCUGUCCCCAGUGCUGGCCCAGUAUAUUUUGAUCCCUGAAGCAGAGCCCAAAUGGUUCCCUCCCUACUAGGGCCAACACUUUUGAAAGUUUUGCUGCAACACCAAUUCCUGCCUUCAUCUAUCCUUCAUCUGUCCCCAUGGUGUUGUCUAAAGCAAGUUGCUUUGCUCUGCUGCAUGAUAGAGGCAGCGCUGGCUUCCCCUUCAUAAUAGCUGAUUAUUGCUAUUGUUUGAUUGCCUGAGCUGGGUUACAAACAUGCUGGAUUUUCAUUAACAUGUAACCCCCCAAAUUUUGGAUCCCCUCCAAGCUGAUACUAAGCUGUUGUGUUCCUUUUGAGCCACAGACCCUGUGUUUUGUGCCUCCCCUCCCCAGCUGAAUAAUUGACACAGCAAACCAGGGUUCCAAGUUAACACCCCCAAAUCCGGCAUUGUCUAAUCACCUCCAAACUGAUGCCAAAGUUUUGUGCUCAUUUUGUGCCAUUUUGUCCUGAAAAGCCCAUGUUUUGUACCUCCACCCCACUCAAAACUGCGUAAUUAAUAGACUGAGAGCCAGAGGUAUUCUCCCAAACAAAAUGGCACAAAAAGGACGCAAAACUUUGGCAUUAGCUUGGAGGGAUUUUGGGAUUACACAUGAAUGAAGUUCUCUUGCUCUCCUGUUUGCCUCCUUGCCACAAACAAAACUCCGCAGCAAGAAUGGCAAUCUUUGCAUAACAUUUGAUCAUGGAAGAGGAGAGUAAAGAAAAUUGUGUCUUUCUCCCUCUGUCUGGUACCCUUUAUCCCCUUUGUCUUCAUCUGUGUAUUGUUCCAGCUGGUGAAUCCUCUCAUUAAGAGUGUGAGUGCUCUUUAUCUUUUCCCACCUUCCCAUUUCUCUUCUCCUUACUACAACAAGGUUUUGGCGUUGGUCUUUGUACGGAAGCUCAUGGAUGUCUGCUUUUCAAAGCGGGAACUCAGUUGGCUUGAUGACCUUAUGCCAGAGAGCAAGAAGAAAAGACUGGACGAUGCACAGAUUGUGGCAGAGCAAGCAGAGCAAGCAGAGCAAGCAGAGGUAAGCAGGUUUAUGUAUUGCAUGUAUGUGUCCACCCUUCAGAAUCUGAUUGUGCUGUAGCAAAGUUAGGAACCAGCUAUAAGAUCCUCUUGUACUUUCUUAUUAUCAAGGGCAGGCACAGACAUGUUGCUCUUGAGACACCCAUCUCAUCACUCAAGCCCUUUUUGAUCUUUCCUGUGCUAUCACCAUCUAGUUCCUCCCAAUUUUUUCUUAUUGAUCAGUUGCCAAUCCCUUACCAUUUUCCACCCUAAAUUCAUACAGCAGCGGAGGAAGCCGCUUGGGCACCUGGGGCAGCACGCCCAAGGGCGGGGUGAGCCGCCCAUAAAGGUGGGGCAAGCCACCCAUAUAGGCGAGCCGAGGGCGGGACGAGCCACCCAUAGGGGUGGGGCGCACCAUGGGGCCUCUGGAAUCUGCCUGCCUCCUCCCACUCAGCCGCCCUACAGCUGGGGCGGAGGCAGCGGGUGGACCGUUUGGGCAGUGCAGAGCCUGCGUGUACCCAAGCCACCAUGUCUCUCCCAGGUGUGAUACGUGGCUUGGGUGGGCUGCAGGCCCUGCGGUGAGUGCCUCCCAGCAUUUCACCAACUGCCCAUCAUCUCCAUCUGCAUGCAAUUCUUAUCAAAAUACUGUAAGAGAGAAUAUUAAAUAAAGGAAUAAAGAGAAAAGAGAAAGGAAAUAAGAAAGAAAUAGAUAAAAGGUAAAAUGACUUCCAGCUAGCCAUCCCUCAGUUGUAUAUACAGUCAUACCUUGGUUCCCCAAUGCCUUGCGAGAACCGUUUUGGCUCCUGAACGCCACAAACCCGGAAGUGAGUGUUCCAGUUUGCAAACGUUCUUUGGAAGCCAAAUAUCUGACUCGGCUUCUGCGGCUUCCAAUUGAGUGCAGGAAGCUCCUGCAGCCAAUAGGAAGCCGCGCCUUGGUUGUUGAACAUUUUCAGAAGUAAACAGACUUCCGGAACGGAUUCCGUUUGACAACCAAGGUACGACUGUACAAUAAUUCUUCAAAGUGGUCAAAUGUUCAAUCUAAAUUAAUAUCCAACUGUUCUGCCCUCUGCUGGGCAAUGUUUUUCCAAUCUUCAGGAACUUUGUUCUGAGUCACUUUUUCAGCCGUCCCAGAUCCAUCCUCCUGACUCUCAGCUUGGCCAGGACCAUGACAGUCAAUGCCUCACAGUUCCAGUUACGGUGCAAGGAAUUUAAAUGGGAGAUGAUCCGGCUGUGUACUGUACUGUAAUUGUCCUUGAAUUGUGGCCCACACCCACCGCACCCCCCUUCCUCCACCUCUGCAUCUGUAUAACUGCACACAGGCUUUCUUUGCACAAUAAGGAACCUUGCAAAAAGUGGGGUCCCUGUGUACACACACACACUUUAUAUAUUUGUAUGCUUUGUUCACAUGUUCAGAGGAAUGCAUAGAGACUAAGGCUUUGUUCACAUUCCUGUUCACCAUGCGUUGUUAUAAAAUGUUACUUUUCAAUGUGUUGUUUCUCAAAUCAGCCUUACGCCAGUUUUAUGUGUCAAACAGGAGUCUGAAAAGAUGAAAGAAUCUUCAGAAGAAACUGUAGUUCAAAUGCCAAAUUUUCUUACUGUACCAGGAGCUGGAACUCCACCACCAAAACUUCCCCAAAAAAAUACCAACAGGUAAAAACACAAAACGGGUAAAAACACAAAAUUGUGAAGUCAAAAAGAAAAUAUUAGCCUUUGGGGAGGUCGUAAAAUCAACACAAAAAGGGCAUUCAAUGGCACUAAAUGAGUGAUCAAUGCUUGCUAUAAUUUUGGUGAAUUCCAGAUAUCCAGAAAUUGCAUGUUUCCUCUUUUAUUUUUAUUUUUGAAUAUCUCUUAUUUUGUGUUCCAGUGGCCUUUUACACUAGCAGGGAGAGAAAUUCAACUUGGCAAUGCUGUGUUAAUUAACAUCUGUAGUGGGCAAGGAGACCAUUGUCUCUAUUCAGUUACAAAUAAACAGAGCUGAACUUCUUGGUGAAUUGCAAUUCAGCAGUUUCACAUUGGAGCUUCCCUUUGAAACUGAUUUCUUCAAGAAUCGCCACUUUUAUGAUCAGUAGCAGAGAGUCUACCAGGACACUCUGCAACUGAUCUAAAGAUGGCCAUACUUGUUAGUCUUUCAGGUACUACAAAACUCUUAUAUGACUUUGCAUUAUUUUGCAGUGCUUUUAAUUUCACUGUCCUAGGAGUUAAUCUCUAACUAAAAUGAUUAUUGCAGGCCUGAUCCUUUAGAAAUCAACAUCACUGACGAAAUGGCUAAAACAAUCUUGUGGAAGAACAUCGUGAAUCAAUAAAUGCUCUAAAUCAAGAGUAGAGGUACGGAGAUUUCGCUGUACAGUGACCCUGGACCUGUACUUACCCAUGCAAUCUUCAAGCCAGCCAGCUAGAGUGGUUAAUUUAAGGUACUGGCGAGAGCAGAGCAUUAAACAAUUUCACCCACACCCACAUUCCACAUUCACUAAGGUGGACAGAACAUAGCAGAGUGUGCAUGCAGACACAAAACAUUAUGCCGUCUGGACUGUGGAAAGUCUAUUGCAAUGCUACACUUUGAUUACAACAGUGGAGCAAUCAUUAGGUAGUGCUAGGAGCUCCCUGUCUGGUAGCACAUCUAAUCUAUUUUGCACUGUAUUUAUGUGUGCAAAGGAUCCAAGCAUUUGGCAGUCACUGAUAGGCAAACUGACACUGUUUCUCAUGCUCUCAGACUUAGAGUCAUAGAUUCAUAGAGCUGGAAGGGACCAUGAGGAUCAUCUAGUCCAAGGUUUCCAAACUUGUAUCUCCAGCUGUUUUGGGAUUACAGUUCUCAUCAUCCCUGACCACUGGUCCUGUUAGCUACCCUCUGGCCCUCUGGCUUAAGCCAGGUAAACAAGGCUUUGGGAAGGAGGCAUAAGGCUCUGGCAAGGUCCUAGAGCCGCCCCUCCUCCUUCCCAAAGCCUGGUAAACACUUGCCUGGCUUUGGGAAGAAGACAGGAAGACUCUAGAACCCUGUAAGAGCCCUCAUGCCUCCUCCUUCAAGCCAGGCAAGUGCUUACUGGGCUUUGAGAAGUCACCCUCCUUGGUUGUGCACCCAGUGCCCCUGUGCCUCUUGUGUUACCCUAAAUCAUCUUUGAUAGAAGAAGAUGGAGAUUGGAGAAGAAACCACAUUGAUUCCUACCUUCAGAAUGUUCAGAAUUAAUCUAUCUCUAAUAGCAUGUUUUGGUUCACAGCUUUGCCAUUCAUGCCCCUCUGCUUUGGACGAGGAGCAGCAGCACACGAAGAUGACUCAGGGAAGUGCCAAGACAUGCAGGCAAGGAAGAAAAAUGCUUUUGCAAUAGAAAAGGGUGCAAGCAAACAAACUGCCCCAGUACUUCCUUCACACAAGUAACUGGGUUCAUAUUAAAAAGCCAUUCAGAAGUGUUUUGAAUAUCCUUUAGUGUGCUUCAGUGGGCAUCCUAAUUAUCUUCAGACCAGCAAAUCAAGACGCACAUGAAACAAUGAAAAUUUAGUGUUAAAGCCUGUGUGUGUGUGUGUGUGUGUACAUUUGCCGUGUUGCAGUUUCUUAGCUAUAGAGAGACUGCUGUCUCUGCAUACUUAAAGUCUCCCUCUUCAGUGUCUGGUUUUUUUAACCGUUUAAACUUUGAAUGUACAACACCACCACUAUGUUUGGAUUUUCUUUUUUAUUCUUUGUAUUUACUUAUUCUUUGCAGAAAUAGUUCAAUUAGGGUUUGCCUGAGUUUCUACACAGAAUCACAGAAGCAACUGAUAAGAGAUAACUUACAAGAAAAUGUGGGGCGGGGAAUGGCCUUCUGAAAUGCUCAUUAUAGAAAAAAUUAAGUCACAUUAUUUUAAUUCCUUUGUUUUUUUAGCUACUUUAUGAUGAAACCCUAAUUCAUCAGAACAUUUACAUGUUUCAGUGACAAUAUAGACAUGGGCCAAACAUAUCUGUGUUGAUUUGUCUGUGUGUGUGAUCUUCAUGGUCUAGAUAAAUGCAACCAAGCCAUUGACCAUAGCAAUGUAAAUGAGCUAGCAGGCUAGAGAAGGGCAGUUGUGUCAACAGCUAUUGAUGUCACAAUCGGCACUCUCUUGACAAAUCCCUGCAGCCCAAUGUAUUAUGAGGGCAAAAGUGGACUGAUAUGGGGAGAGCAGCAGUUGAGCCCAGAAAUGUGAUCAGAAAUGUUGAGUUCAUAGAUUGAGAACAAAACAACAGACAUCAAAAGUUGCCUUUGAGGUGAUUGGGCCAGGAGUCUCAGUGCCUCAGUGCAUGGAAACUUAGUUCAUGAUAUUCUUCUACCCCUUUGAAAUUAAUAACAUCAGAGCUAAUUGAUCUACUAGACAGAAAUUUGGUUCUUGAUUAUUCUGUUUUCUAUUAUCGUUUGAGAACAUUUGGGUUCUCAAGCAUGGUUCUUGUGUGCCUUUUCAGGUCAAGAAGUGAACCUCCCCAAGUGUUAAUUGGCCAAGAAAUGAUGACUAGGGCUCAUGCUAUUGCCCCAAGUGAUACUUGGUCAUUUGAAUUGAUGGCAUGAUUUCAGGUGCCCCAAGGGCAGGUUUCAAGGAAGCCAACCAACCAGUUUGCUCCAUUGGGGCUCCGUGCAUUAUCCACUACUGCAACUGGGAGGGAGACAUAACUGUAUUACAGAGCAGGGACUCACUCUGCUUCCUCGCCCAUCCAAUCUGGUGCUUUGACUAUGUGGCAGGGGGGCUGAUGGUAGCAUAAGUAGUUUAUGCUUCCAAAGCUGCUGGCACCUCAAAAGAAUUGGUUGCAUAGCAUUUUGACAAUCCUGGGCCCCUCAAAAUUCAGAGAAGUUAAAAAAUUUAAAUAGACAAGAAAGAGAUGGGCAUGGCCUGCUGACCUUUCAGAACAAAUCAAUAAUAUCUGUCCUGACUUCUGCUGCCUUUUUGUACCCAAGAGCCAGAUUUUGUGUGUGUUGAUUUCCUCAUAAAGCAGUGCUCUGCAAUGGCCAAUCGAUACUUUGUCAAAACCUUUGAGGGACAAGGCAGGGAUGAUAGGCCAGGUGAGUAGGUCAGGAUUCUCCAACCUAGGCAGAACACUGUUGUCUUUUCUCAAGUUCUUCCUGUAGGUUUUUCUGUACCAAGUAAAUUGAUAUUUUUCAGAAGCUGGACAUGUGUUUAUUGAGGACACAUUGGGAAAGAGGGUACUAAGCUGGGAACAACAAUACCACAUGCUUAAAACUCAUUUAAAGCUAUUCCUUCACAGUAGAAAACCCUGGAACAGAAGUUCUGUGAUGGAGACUCUUAGCAGCGAUUCUUGCUCCCAAUAUUUUUUUGGAGGAAGCGGUGGCAGUUUAUUCUGAAAACCUUUAGCAGUUUCAUUCCACCUAGAUCUAAGUGCAAUUUAGAUCUGUUACCCUUCCAUGAAACUUAAGCCAAACUACAUUGUUCAUUUCUUCAAUUCUCUCCUUAUCAAUUUUCCUUCAUCUCUUGGCUAUGUGAAGAAAACCAGCAUGGUGGAUAGAGUUGUGAGUGGUUUAUUUCCCUUGUAAAUGUUUGCCUCAAGAGUGGCUGGGGAAACCCAGCUGGAUGGGUGGGGUACAAAUAUUAAAAUUAUUUUUAUCAAGACCCAGAAUGAAGACAUGAGACUCAAGAACUGGACUGAAAAGAAGAGCACAACUUUUAUUGAUAGACAACAUGAUCGGCAAUGAGCAAAAGUCCUCUCUCCUUAUCCCCCUUUCAGAGUAUGAGUUCUUGGUGAUAAGGUGAGAGCCAGGAGGUACUAUCUCCCGCAGUCUGCUUCCUUUGGGUGACGGUACCCUGGCUCAGAUUCUUGUCCCACAUUGCUGGCCCUUUUAUGGCACACAGAAGCAAGCAAGGGAGGAGCAAGCACUUACAUGCAUACUUAAAUCCCACUCCCCACUAUUGACUGCCAUCCUUGCCAGCUGAUCUGGCUCUGCAUUGCAGUCUUGUGUUCCAAGGGUGUGAGCAAAGCCAUCUCAUUCACAAGCACACAAGGAGCUGUGGAGGGGUAGUCAAAGUGGUGGUAUUGCCCUUUUCAAUUGGCUGUAAUUGUAGGGAUUCCAUGCUUUAAGUAAGCAGCCUUUAAGACUGGCAGGAAAUCAAAGGCGCACAUUUCAUAUCUGGGCUUAAUUCCUUAUGCUGAGAGUGGUUUACGAGAUUAUACAACUUGAAUAGAGACAUAUAUUUCAUGGGGGAAAGUGGGCAAGAGGUCUGUUAGGUUACACCUGUUGUCCUUGGGAACAGAGAGCAUUAAAUGCCCUGCAGGAAUGGGCAUACUGAAUUGGUCAGGGUAAACCUACCAAUCCUAAGCUGGAGGCAGGUUUGGGAGACAGGAUGCAAAUCGUUUGCAAGUCACUCUGAACCUUGGGGUGAUUCCCCCCCCCCCGACGCAAAAUUGAGAUUGUUUUAAGACACUUCAUUGGUGAGAACAUUUAGCAUUAGGAUUUGCUCGCUAGGAUUUCAGAAAUUCUGUCCCCUGCCCAGGUAGCAUUAAUGAGUAGAGCUAAAGCAAGUGGUAGCAAGAUAAUAGCUGCCAGGUAAGGGAUUGAGCCAAGGCAAAGUUUGGUGAAUUAGGAACAUAAGUGUGAUGGGAUUUAGCUAGUCAGGGUAAAGCAGAGGCAGAAAAUAGUGUGUAGCAGAAUCAGGUUUCUCCUUUGUCACCGAUGAAAUAUUGUUUUGGGCCACUGUUACAUUCCUAUUUGCUUGGCCAUUUCAUUGAAGUCAGAGGAACUCCCAAUAACUGUUAGGUAUAGGUGUCAGCGGCUUGAACUUAACUGGAUUGCAGGUCAAAUAAUGGAUGGAGCUAUACCUACCAAGCACCACUUUAUUGAAACGCAGUUUUGAAUUUCCUUUCUGACUUGAAUUUCAAAAUCUCCACCACUUGACCUGCCAUGAAAGUUAAGCCAAGAAAAACCAGAGUAUCUGCGUUAAUAUUUGCAUUCAUUCUAUUCAUGGUUCUCCUUGUAUGCCAAGUGACAAUUUGCAUUUUCAUGCCAUGAAUAAUCAGCAGCUUUCCUUUCAAUUCUACCCUAAGCAUCUCCAGCUUGUCUCUGCAAAAGGGCCCUGCAAUAUUUGCUUGGCAAUCUUGAUAGGAAGCCAAGAUAUGUAGCUUCUCUCGACUCUAGGGGCAUCUGUGGCUAAACAAAGGAAAGCAGCACGAACUUUUAGGUAACCCUACACUAUCUGUAGGCCAAAUCAUAGAGUGCUGGAUGGGCACUGAGCAGAAAGUGACAGACACAAUCUCAUUUGGUCUAAUGUAGAAAGGUGUUGCUGCAUGAUGGAUCUGUGGAGCUAUCGGGAAUCAUAGUUCAGAAUGGUUGGGGAUUAUUCUGGACUAAAGAAAAGUGUGUGUGUGUGUGGGGGGGGGACCUGGACUUGAAGCAGGUCCCAGCUCCAAGAAGUGAAGACUUUUAACCAAGAGCGGUUGUCUAUGGGAAUUUAGGAAGGCAAGGAGAAAAACACAAAGCAUGGCUGGGCAUAGCCUGGUGAUUCUGCUUGCAAAAAUUGAAAUGUAUAGGGUGGUAUGCAACUAAGUUUUACUCAGAGUAGAGUCACUGAAAUUCAUGAACGUUACUAAGCUAGGUCCAUUCAUUUCAAUGAGUGAGUAAAACUUUCUUGAAUGCCACCCAUUCAGUUAAGUGGCCCUGCCAGUGGAGGCCCAUGCAAGGACUUCUACUAGGAUAAUGGGGUUCAGAGAAUUGCCAGAACAGCUCAUGCGGGAGGACAAGGCUGGUUGUUCCAUUGGGCAAGUGGAUGGAGUUAUCUGCUUAGUGCUACAUUGAACUACUCCUACAGCUUCCUAGCUCAAGGGUUGGGGAAUUUGUCAAGAUUUACAUGAGUCUUAGAACAUGAACUUUUGCAACCUGAGGCAGAGAAAGAAAGAGCUUUCUUUCUUUCUUUCUUUCUUUCUUUCUUUCUUUCUUUCUUUCUUUCUUUCUUUCGGUGUGUGGAUGUGGAGGGUAGACAGCUGGCUAGGAUUAUUUGGUAGGAAAGAAUCUUUGAGCACACUGCUGUUCCUUCCUAGCGCCAUUCAUAAGAGAAACCACAACCCAGUUGGGCCAACCUAAGCCUUUAUCCUGAGCAAAGCAGGAAUUUUGACUUCAUCCCAGUAUUGAUGGGGAGGAGGGAAAUGGCUCAUAGCUGACAGGGAUUAGAUGACGAAUGUUGCGGGGUGGGGCAUAAGCUUGACUCCAGGUUCCACAGUAUCUCCCAACAAGCUUGUUGUCUGAAAGGCUUUAGAUAACAGAAUCUGUGUCAGUUCUUAAGGCAGGGUCUGUCUUCUUUGAAAACCACAACACACAAGAAGUGCUUCAUAAUCCUUACUGGAGAAGGAGGGGAAUCAAAUAAAGAAAAGGUGCUGGCACAUUUUUUCUAGCGUAUUUCCUUCCUCCUAUAAUCGCCACAUGUAGAAAUAGAGAGAUUAUUUUCUUUUUAGAAAUAAAAGAAAAAAAUAUUUAUUUUGUUGUAAGAGAUGUAAUUUCAAAAAAACACUCCAUGUUGUAAAUAAAAUAUGAAAAUUGGAAGAUUG